GGAUAUCUGUCGGAUGCAGUGACUGGUAUGAAAGCAAAAAAAAAAAAAACUGCUAAUAAAAUGAAAGAACAUUUAAAAAAAAUGUAUUACACUUGUUCAAUCUAGCAUUAUUUACAAAUAAUUCAAGAAUGAAAACAAUAUACAAUAACUGAAAUUAUUUAUAAAGUUUUUAGUAGUAGUUAGUUGUCAGACAGUUUAGAAUAACUGUGUGUGCUCACUGGUGAUACUUGAAUAAUCUUAGUCAUUCUGUCCAUUUUGUAUCACUUCUAUUAACUAUAGAUCUAUAAGUUCUAUUCAAUGAACAGUUAGUCAUGUCAUUUGAAUUUAGUGAAUAGAACACUAUGUUUUAACACUUUAAGCACCAGUUGUACACCAUUUGUUAUCAAAUGCUUCUUAUGAAUUAUUUCUGGAGAAAAUGAACAUAAAGGUAUAGAUAUUUUUAAAUUAUUAUUAUUAUUAUUAAAAAAAAAUAAUUGAUCACAGAUUUAUAACAGCCUCAUUUCACAUAGAAUAUACAGGCCAAGAAUAAUCAUAUAUUUACGGAUUUAGAAUUAUAUGUUUAAUUAUUUAUCAAUACAAGGUUUUCUUGUGAUUUGUGUGGUUCAUUUUUCUUCUACUUUAACCUGUAGUUUUAUUUAUAUUUGGAAUAAUAUGUAUAUUUGGUAUAACUGCUAUAACUAGAGUGAUAGUCGACAUCUGUGAUAAUUAAAGUGAUAUUCAGGGCUCAUGAUCUGAAAACAUGUAAAGUACACUCUGUGCCAAUUGGUGAUAGAGAAUGGAUUGUAUUAUCAGCUGACAAAUUAAGUCCCAUGUGACUCAUAAUAAAAAGUGAAGAUGUGAAAGCCAUCUGCCAGAUGCAUUGUUAGAGGGGUUAACUCUGUUACUCUGCAUAUGUUAGACACCAAGCUAACAUAACUAAGGAAAUAUAGAGCAGGAUUUGCAAGUUUAAAAAUAACACUGUCUGCUGACUGGCUGUUGGAACCGAUUACAUAAUCAAGGUGGCUGACAUCACAAUUCAAAUCUGUUGAGUAUUCUGUGAUCUUCAGCAGAUGUUACAAAUCAUUGGCCUUUGUCAAAAGCAUUAUUUGAAAAUUUGACGAGGCAUUGGUUGUUAUAUAGAUGCCUAUAAAUUACUGUGAGCUAACAAUAAUAAAAAUGUAGCUUAUGUUGUUAAUAUAUUGUAAACAAAUAUUUUAACCCCUUAAUUUUUAAGCCGAUUCACAUCUAUUUACUAAAGCAUUUUUUUUUAGGUUUUUGCACUCUGAAUUUAAACACCAAUGUCAGGGCGUUUCAAGGAGUUACAUUUAAAAAUGUAUAUUUUGGCAGAACAGACUUUUUAAUAAAUAAUUUAGUUUGCAAGCCAAAAAUUCAAAUACUGAAAAGGGAGAUAUUAUACAAUAAAUAUUUAAAGAAAAUGGAAAAUAUGCUUUUCAAAUUUAACAACACACCAGUUUCCUAGAAAAAGUAACACCUAAUAUUUUAUAUCAAUUGUUUUUAAACAAAAGAAUAGCAAUUGAAAAUUAGAUGUACUGUAUUAUUUUGUUACUUUGUAUUUCUUGUAAUUUGUGCAAACAGUGUGUAGGGGUUAAAUAUCUAUUAUCAACAUUUCGCCUAGAUUUAAUUUACACAAAAUGCCGAUUUUACAGUGGUUAUUAAUCUUGGUGGAGGGGUACAACAGAAAGUUAUUUAACUGCCAUGAUUUCUUUGAACUUUGUAUAUGGUGUUUUCAAGGGAUCACAGUUGCCAUUAUGAUCACCUGAUAGCUGUUUGCGCAUGUCACCCCUGAUUUUAGAGAGAAUAUUACCUAUUUCACUGCUAUUCCUAUUUUCCUUCUAUUGGAUGCUUCUUCUGACUUGAUCUAUAAAGGAAGUAUUACUUUACUGAGAGGGUAGUGGAUGCAUGGAAUAGCCUUCCAGCUGAAGUGGUAGAGGUUAACACAGUAAAGGAGUUUAAGCAUGUGUGGGAUAGGCAUAUGGCUAUCCUAACUAUAAGAUAAGGCCAGGGACUAUUGAAAGUAUUUCAAAAAUUGGGCAGACCAUUUUCCACCUUUUUGGUUUGUUCUCCUGAUUCAGAUGCUAAACCGACAUUUGGUUAAAUCAAACCGAAAAACAUUUUCUUUCUGUUUUAAGUCUAUUCUACUCUUUAUAACCUUCAUACUUAUUAUCAUUUGCUAUAAUAUGAAAUCAAUUUGUGAUUGUACUGCAAAAGUUUUGCAGCAUUUUUGCACUUUUUGGUUCACCAAAAUAAUUUUCCCCAAAAUCAAUUUCCCCAAAAUUCCAAAUGGAUGAACCCUGAAUUGACAGAUUUUGUUUUUUUUCUGAAAAAAUUAAUUCAGCUGUACUAAACAUUUUCACUGUGCACAAUUCUAGUUGUCACCAUUACUACCAGUGAUUACCCGAAUUAUAGGGUGGCAAGAGACAUUAUUUUAUAAUGAGGGAUAACUAAUCCACUUAGGUUAAACAAAAGAGUAGACAGGGUCUUUGUUAGAACUUCUCUUCCUAAGGCAACAUUUAAAUUUGCAGUUGUUGCAGAUAAUUAACAUUUUUGUGCAAUGAAUUUUCCCCACCUUAGGGGGGCAGUCUACCAUUCCAAGCAAGGGCUCCGCUGCCUAUGUAGGUGGGUGGUGACAGAGACAAGUCAGUGGAGGGGUGCCACCCACAUUUACACAAUGAAGAAAUGCCAGUAUCUCUUGGUCAUCCCUCAUUGUGUACGGCAUUACCACAUACUAACAAGUUAUAUCACACAGCACUAGAUGCACAUAUUAAUGAUUGCAGUGUCAUUAUACUUUUGAAACCCAGAAAUACACAUUUCAGAAGCACUAUGAAUGGUGAGUCAUUGUUAGCAGUGAAGGAGUUAAAUUUGAACAAUUACAAAACUUGUACCUGCUUUUAUAAUUGGAAACCAACUCUCUCUUUAUUUUCUUUCUUUCAUCUAACAUCACAUGCCAUAAUUAUCAAGGAAAUAAUAUGUUGUUAAUAGAUAUUCUAUUGGUUUCCAUGGCAACAGCCCAUUAUUUAGCACAUUAACCCAAACUAGCACAAUGUUUGCCUCGAUAGAUAAUGCCCUAAUUUAUAUCCAGAAUUCCAUUAUGAAAACAAUAACCACAAAAUGUUUUUUUUUUUGUUUUUUUUAUAGCAGUAUUGUAAAAAGGCUCCAUCAUUAUCAAAUUAACCCUUGGUUUUUAUAGCAAAUUGAGGAAUGCUUUAUAAAUCCCUAUUGACUCUUCCCAUAACUAUAUGCACAUAUACUAAGAACAACAUGACUUUAAUUAGCAAGAUAGUUUGGGGUUUUAUCACCACCGGGACUUCAUAAAUUAAGAAAUUCGUAAUAUCGAAAAGCUGUUUCCUUUACAACAAAAAUAAGAAGCUUCUUCCUCAGAGAAUCCUAACAAAAGAAUAAGUCCCAAACUGCCCAUUCAUGGGCUCCCAACAGCCAUCUGGCUGCAGCUUCUACCAAGGCUUUGACGCCUGUUCUCCUAGAGAACAGUUUUGUUCUUGGAUAAUUAACAUUGACCAAAAAUGACAGGUGACUCCCAAAUUUCUCAUUGUGUCCUCUCUAAGGUCAAUCCCUUUUGGGUAUUUCGUCCACAUUCAGUCAUGUAAUCCUAUAAUGAGCCAUAGGGAGUAUGAGGGUUUUUUCCCAGUGUUUGUAGUAGAAAAUACUAAUCUGUUUUCUUUUGAUAUUAAGAGCUACAAGUGGGAGAGAAAAGGAAGUGGAGAGACAAAGAAAACAAUGAUACAGUGCAUUCUCUCUUUAAAAUAUUUAUUGUUCUGUUAUAAAAGCCACAAAAAAACCAAAAGGAUAUCAAAUUGUGAUAUGAUAGUUGCAUUAUAGAAUACAUGUGUAGAAAUGAUGGAAAGGCAACAUGGCACUGAAUGUGUGACUAUAAGGAUAUAUUCCAUAAAUUAUUUCAAUUGGGCACAUGCUAUUCAUGCCUUCACAAGCUAUAAGUGUGUUUUUUUUUUUGGUUUUUUUUAUAGACUAAAUUAGAUAAGCCUCAAAGUGCCCGAGGCAUGGGUAAAGUUUUGCAAGACCCUCUGUCAUUCAAAGAAUUUAAAAGGGCAGUUCAAGGAGUUUAAAUUCUUAAGGUACAAGAUUAUGUCUGAAAGAACAUUAAGGAAAAUUAUUCUUGACAUUUUUUUCAUAAUGCCAGAGGCAUUGUUUUUGGAAAAACUGGGAAAAAAAAAUACAAACAAAAAGCUCUUGCAGAUUAGGUCUUCUUCUCGCCCUCAACUAAAUAGAAUACUGCGGGGAGAAAAACAAGUGGUAAAGUUACAGAAAACCUUAAUUAAGGUAAUAGAUUUUUUACUUAUAUAUUUUGGUCUUGAAAACAGUACAAUGAGGUCAAAUCUUCUAUCACUUUGUUGUAACCUUAUUUUGUUACAGUAUAAUUACAGUUGUGGAAGUCUUGAGAAUGCACCCUUUUCUGUGUUCUUUAUAAUAUAUACUGACUGCACCAAGACUUAGAGAAUAUGUCCCAAUGUGAAGGGAUUCUGCACUGUGCUUUGGAAGGCAGUGUCAAUACAGUAAAUAAUUUACUAUUAUAGACAGUUGACAAAACAGUUUUGUUUCCUGUAUCAGGGGUAAAACAAGGUUUGGAGACCAACACACAUAUACAAAAACACCAGAAAAAUAAGACUGUAACCAACAUAUGUAUUAUGUCUUUAAGUGCAUAAUAUGUGUAAUCUGCUCACAAGAUAGAUGAUAUAAAAUAAAUAUACACUACAAGAAAAUUAAUAUGGAUGAUAUGUCUACAGCAGUCUUAGAGUACCAAUCAGAGAUGUGCCUCUCUGUAUCCAGUAUGUGUGCAGAUAUGCACAAAGUAUAAAUAAUAUAUGCUCUGUCUGGGCCAUUUCUAAAUAUAUAUUUUUGGAUGUUAAGAGAAGAAAAUAACUUGUUUUUACUAAAGGGUACAUAUGCAGAGUGUGAAUGUUCAUCCAGUCACUGUGAAAAUGAUUGGCCACUAUUGGCCAUGAUUGAGCCUCAUCUGACACUAUACUAAACAGUUAAGUGGGAGGAUACAAUGAUCAGGAGUUGGGGAAUCCCUAAAACAUUCAGCAAGUGUGAAUAAGAGGCAGUGGCGCAACUAGGGAAUGGCAGGAAUGGAACAUGCCCUGGACACAACUUGAAAAAGGCACCACUGAGUUUUUAUUAAUGAUAUCGCAUGACACUUGUAGUUAUGGGCAAAAGGAAGGCAGUUUCAUUUAUUCUUUAAACCCGGAAGAUUCAGAUUUAGCAGCAUGAGGUUUGCACCUCUUUUAGAUAUCUAACCAAUAAUUAUUUAAGAAAAAGAAAAAGGGGGAGAGGGCAAAUCAAGAACUUAAUCUGCUGUUUCUCCCUUAUAUCUAUAUAGAAGAUGGAUAGGCUUGGGAGUGAGAAAAACACCUGGGAGGUGGUGGUGGAUGGGAGAGACACACAGAGAGAGUGGUGGGCAUGGUAGACACACAUUGAGGGGCUGGUGGGGGAAAGGAUGAGACACAUGAAGGAGCUGGGGAGACAAUGAGAUAAAUGGGGAAAGACAGAAGCACUGAGGACAAAAUUAGACACAUGGAGUGACUGGUGGGGGGGGGGUAGGAGAGACACAUGGAGGAGCAAAUGGGGGGUGGAAGAGACACAUUGAGGGGAUGGUGUGGGAUGUUAAAGACACAUGAAGGGCUGGUAAGGGGUGGGAGAGGGGCUGGUGGAGGAUUGGAGAGACACAUGGAGGGGAUUGGGGUGGGAGAGACACAUAGAGAUGUGGGAAAGACACAGAGACGGGCUAGGGGGAUGGGAGAGAUGCAGGGAGGGGCACAAUGGUGGGAGAGACACAUGGAGGGGCUGGAGGGUGUGGUAGAGACACAUGGAGGUGCUAGGCAUGUGGGAGAGACACAUGGAGGAUCUGGGGUGGGAGAGACACAUGGAGGAACAGGGGGUAAUGAGACAUAUGGAGGGACUGAGGGAUGAGGCACAUGGAGGAGCUGGGAGAGAGAAUGAGACCCAUGGAGUGGUUGAGGAGGCACAUGGAGGAAAUGGGGAAAGACAUGUGAAGGCACUGGUUGGGAAAUUAGACAUGUGGAAGGACUGGGGGAGAGAGAAGGAGACACGUAGGGGGACUGGGGGGUACAAGGGAAAGAUUGAGACACGUGGAGAAACUAAGGGUGAAGAAUGAGACACGGAGAGGCUGGAGCCUGAUGGUUUUUAGUUAUGCCUCUGUAGGUAGCACAUGUAUAAAGACAACAUUCUAUAUAGCGUGCUAUUUAUAUGUAAACUGAUCAGUCACAACAUUAAAACCACUCACAGGUGAAGUGAAUAACAUUUGUUUAUAUUGUUGCUAUGGUACUUGUCAAGGCAUAUUAGGGAGCAAAUGAACAGAAAGUUUUUGAAUGUGUUGGAAGCAGAUAAAUAGGAAAAUAUGAAUGACUUUGACAAGGGCUGUAUAGUGUUGACUAAACGACUGGGCCAGACCAUCUCCUAAAUUGCAACUCUUGUGGAUUGUUUCCAGUAUAAAGUGAUUAGUUCCUACCAAAAGUGGUUCAAGGCAGGAUAACCUAUGAAUCAAUGUCAGAGUCAUGGGUGCCCAAGGCUCAUUGAUGCACGGGGGAGUGAAGACUAAUCCAUCUUGAACAUUAAGCUGAAAAGCUUAAUGCUGGCCAUAAUAGAAAGGUGUCAGAACACACAGUGCAUCACAGUGUUCUGCUUUUAUCGCUAGCUAGCCGCUGUCCUGUCAGCAUGCCCAUGAUGACCCCUGUCCACAGCUGAAAACGUCAUCAAAGGGACUUCAGCAUCAGAACUAGACCAUAGAGCAAUGGACAGAACGUUGCCUGGUCUGAUGAAUCACAUUAUCUUAUAGAUGGCUGCAUGCAUGUGUGUGACUUGCCUAGAGAAGCGAUAGCAGCAUGAUGCACUAUGGGAAGAAGGCAAGCCGGUGGAGGCAAUGUUAUGCUCUGGGGUAUAUUCUGCAGGGAAACCUUGGGUCUUGGUAUUCAUGUGGAUGUUACUUUGACACAUAUCAUCUACCUAGAAAUUGUUGCAGACCACAUACACGCCUUCAUUGUAAUGUCGUUCCCUGCUUUUUAGAAGGCUUUUUCAGCCUGUAUGCUUAAUGCACUCUGCCACACUACACAAAUUGUUCAGGAAUAGUUUGAGGAACAUGACAAAAGAUUCAAGGUGUUUUUUGGCCUUCAAAUUCCCCAGAUCAAUCCAAUUGAGCAUCUGUAGGUUGUGCUGGUACAACAAAUCCAAUCCAAUCCUAUAAUAGGGUAUGUUUUAUUAUACACAACUUCUAAACCAGGAAGAUGUUAACCUGGUGGCUUUGAGACAUUAUUUGGUAUAUUAAGGAGAUAUUUUGCCAAUGUUUAACUUUCUGCAGGAAAACAUUGUUAACAGUUAUUUUUGGCUAAAAUAUUAUGAACUGCCAACUUCAAGUUUCUCAGUAUGUAGAGGAUUUAGCCUUGGGUGCUGACUUGCUACUGUUAUAUGAGAUUCAGCAUAUUGUUUAGGAUAAAAGCAUUACAUUUACAGCUACAACAUAAUCUAUAUAUAAAAAUAUUUAUUGCAGGUUUUCUAAUUAUGUAUUUAUGCAAAUAUGUUUAUUUAUGUAAACAUUUAUACAAUAUUUAUACCAAUAAUACAUUUUGUUAUGAAGACCUUACAGUAUUUCCUUUUUUUUGGUAUUUUUAUUAGAGUUUACAUACUUUUUUAAGGACAGAACUAUUUUCUUCAUUUUAUAGUUCUCUUCCGCAGAAUAACUAAUUUUUAUAUGCUAUAUAUAUUUCCUUCUUGCAGCAUGAAUUUACUCCCUUAGAAUUUUUCAUUGCUCCUUUUAAUAAUCCCAGAUUGAGAAAAAAUAUUAUUUGCAGUUAAACUGACAAUACAUUUUAACAUACCUAGAAGCUACAAACCACUUAAUAUGUGAUGCUAUAAAAUUUGCAACAUAUUCAGAUUACUCGAUGGAAAUCUGAUAAAUAUGAAACUAUGAAUCUUUAACGUUACUGAAGCAGAUAGUUGAUGACACGUUAAUUUUUUUCUCCAGACAUAUGCAUCUUUAUAACAAUUCUGUAAGCAACACUAGUCUACAUUAAACAAGGUAUAUGCAGAGUUAAAGUGUAAAAAUGUGCAAAUUCAAGACGUUUCAUUUAGAGACAAAUAUUUCAAUAGAAGUACUGUUAUCUUCAUCUUUUCAGUUCUGCUUCUAUAACUAACCAUUCCAAACGCAAAAUGCAAUCUGAUCUCUUACAUUUUGUCUUAUGACCUGAUGCAUCAGAUAUAAUCCGCCAAAUAUGAUUCAAUGUCUGGCUCUGUAAUCCAGUGGCGAUUCUAAUUUACUCAAACCAUUCUAAAAAGUCCAUCACUCAUCAAACUGUUGUAAAAAAAAAAAAAAAAAAGUAUAUGCAGAGGUUUGUUUGUCUCUUGUAUGUAUAAAGUUAGUUGAGAUUUUUUUUUUGUCAUGACAUUUCCCGGGUGCUUUUAUGCUGGUGAUUGAACUAUUAUGUUUUUCUAGUACGUUUGGUUAUCAUUAAAUUAACAGAUCAAUAUUUAUUGUAAAGGUUCAUAUUCCAUCCCUCAUGCAUCUACUGUUGUAUUUAAUGUAUCUAUUUUGUUCCUACUGUUAUUUUUUAUUUUAUUUACUUCUUCUUUUACUUUUUCUUUAUUUUUAUUUUCUUAUCUUUUUUUUAUUUACUUCUUCAUUCUGACAAAUGUUUUGCGGUCUCUCCAACAUCCACCACUACUCUCCCCCAUUUCCCAUUGCUCCUCAAUCACCCUCUCUCUCUGGAGUUUUUCUUUCUUCACUACACUGUUGUUCUCACUACUGUCCCAUUGCUCACUUCAUUUCUCCCAUUACUUUCUUUACCUUUUUUAUUAUUCUCUCUUACCUCGAGAAAUAAAGAGUACUAUUAUAUGACCAUGGGAGAUAGGUUCCAAAUCUAGACUGUUAUGUUGGAUCCAGUAUAGAUGUAAUAUCUGCUCUUAUUAUUAUUAUUUUAUUAUUAUUGCCAUUUAUAUAGCGCCAACAGAUUCCAUAGCGCUUUACAAUAUUAUGAGGGGGAAUGUUGCUAUAAAUAGGACACUUACAAAAAAACUUACAGGAACAAUAGGUUGAAGAGGACCCUGCUCAAAUGAGAUUACAGUCUGCAGGAGGUGGGGUAUAAGACACGUUAGGACAGGAAAUAUCAAUCAAAUAGUGUGGGCGUGAAGCAGAGCUGGAGGAGAGAGUAAAGUGCUGCCCUAUAGGGGAAAGCAAGAGACAGGUAUGUAAGGUAGAGGUUACUCUGGGAGGCCAUAAGCUUUCCUGAAGAGAUGGGUUUUAAGGCCCUUCUUAAAUGAUUGAAGACUAGGGGAGAGUCUGAUGGCGAGUUGGCCAUAUGGGUGCGAGCAGCGGUCAGGAAGUGGUCAUGGGCAGAGUGGAGGGAACGAGGAGGGGCAUACCUAUGGAUCAGUGAAGAGAUAUAAGAGGGGCUAGAAUUGUUCAGUGCUUUAAAUGUAUUGGUUAGCAUACAGGAAGCCAAUGUAAGGACUGUCAGAGGGGUGAGGUGUGAGAGAUCCGACUAGAGAGGAAAAUCAGUCUAGCUGCAGUAUUCAUUACAGACUGUAACGGGGCAAUAUGGCUUUUGCGGAGACCAAUCAGGAGAGGCUUACAGUAAUCCAUGUGGGAAAUUACUUGAGCAUGGACAAGCUCCUUGGUAGAAUCUUGCGUAAGAAAGGGACGGAUGCGGGCUAUGUUUUUAAGUUGGAACCCACAGGAUUUGGCAACAAACUGGAUGUGAGGCUCAAAGGUGAGGCCAGAGUCAAGUAUGACACCAAGACAGCGUGCUUGCAAGGAUGGACUUAUGUGGAUUCCACUGACUUGAAGGGAGAGUGAGAGAGGAGGAUCAGUAUUAGGAGGAAAGACAAGGAGUUCAGUCUUAGAGAGAUUGAGUUUCAGAAAGUGUGAGGACAUCCAGUCAGAGAUGGAAGAAAUGCAAGCAGUGACACGUUGCAGGACGGCAGGGGAGAGGUCCAGGGAGGAGAGGUAUAUCUGAGUGUCAUCAGUGUACAGGUUGUAUUGGAAUCCAAAAGAUAGGAAUGUUCUUGGAAACAUUAAAUUGUCCAGCAAUGAAAGGUAAAAUAGACUUUGUUUUAUACAAUCCCAGCACAUGCUCAAACUUAAGAGUUUAGUUGUACAAUGUUUCAUUUUUACUCUUUCAUUGCUUGACCUCUCAUAAAAGUGCUUACAGGUAACAUGGCAUACAACCUACGAAUUAAUGGCACAAAACGUACGGCCUGGUUGGUUUACUAACCAUAGUCAUGGAUGACCAAAGUCUAUUUCUUUGAAAAACAGAUAAUGGAAUGUAUUUUUCCACUUACUAGUGCUUUGAAUAUCUACACAUUGAUAGAAAAACACCCUAAUUACAGUUGCAAGAAAAAGUAUGUUGGCUGACAUCUCACUCCAAUUAGCUCUUGGAGAUGUCAUUAGUCUAGGGGUUCACAUACUUUUUCCACCUGCACUGUGAAUGUUUACAUGGUGUGUUCAAUAAAAACAUGGCAACAUUUCAUUCUUUGUGUGUUAUUAGUUUAAGCAGACUGUGAUUGUCUAUUGUUGUGACUUAGAUGAUGAUCAGAUCACAUUUUAUGACCAAUUUGUGCAAAAAUCCAUAUCAUUCCAAAGGGUUCAUAUACUUUUUCUUGCAACUGUAUAUCACAUGCACUUUAUUUUGUCUCAAUUUCCUCCUUUUGCCCUUAACUUUUUCAAUUUGCAGGUUUCCAUAAGGAAUUUAGUUAACAUUUGCAUGAAUCAUGAAAACCAACCUUUCAAAAAAGAAUUCUAUAAACAUCAGACAAAGGGUAAUGAGGGAUAAUUCUGGAUUUUCUGGGGGUUGUCCUUCAAAAUGAGUGACAGUUGUAUCCAAACACAAAGAUUCUUUCUUCUGUUACAUUUCCUCUCCAGCCUUUCUUUCAUCCGUGUGAGACUGUCACUGUACUAUGGCAUGUACAAAAUCUUUUGUAUAUAUGCCAUCCAAGUGGAAUUCUAAUGUGCUCUAUGAACCUUGCACUCAUUGUCAGAGCAAUGCUAUUUUUCACAAUUCAAGAAGACAACUUUAACACUUUCAGAGCAAAUUUUCUGUAAGCCUUUUAUCCUUGUUGUAUUUUGGUUUUCAUUUUCUCUCACAAAUGUACACAGACACUCACACCCACGCAUACACAAACACACAUUGAUCAUAUAAAGGGAAAAGUAUGUGUGACAUCGGUCUGUUCCAGUGUUACCUUCCUCCAUUGUAAGGUACAUAGGAAAAAAAGGUAUUGAGUGAGAUAGUAGGGGAAAGGACUGUGAAACACAAUGGAACAAAUGUUAGAUGGCUAAGCCUGGAUCAGCAUUUCUGAUCUUGGUGGAUGCCCAUUUAAGUUUGCAAAGCUGAUGGCUGAUAUUCGGCUGUUGCUAUAAUUACAACAUAUUGACAAGUGUCUCCGUGGAAUUUUCUUUACUGUCUCAGUGUCAGUCCAAUAGGUGGUAAUGAUAAAUCGUAGCUUUUGGCACAUUUGAAAGUUAAGUGCUAGGGUAUCAGAAUAUAUUAGAUACUGGUGGAUGUGGUCUGAUAAUGUGUGGCACUGUGUCCUGUUUCUGUUAGUGAUGUUUGGUAUGGCAGAGUCUGCAUGAUCUACACAUAGAUCCCUGCGUAGACCCGUAUCCUCAUAUUCUAUGUUAUAUAUAAGUCUGAGAUAGAACCACCAAAAUAACUUGUGAAGUGAAGGUGCUUUAUUUAUGUAUAAAAUAUUUUACCAGGAGAGAUACAUUGAGAUUUCUCUCAUUUUCAAUUAUGUCCUGGGUCCACAAAACAUUGCAUUGAUACAUUAGGGUACAAUAAAACACAAAACCAAUAUUAAUACACAAUAUAUACAAAAUUUAACAUAGAACAGGUAGGAAAUAUAUAAUCAAACAUGACAUGUGCAUUCUGUUUUGAGGUAUGUAGAGAGGGAGCUCUUAAAGGACUUUAGGCUUGGGGAAGAUUUUAAAGUGUGCGUCAGGUCAUUCCACAAUUGUGGUGCUCUGUAGGAAAAGGAGGAUCGGGUUGCUUUCUUUUUGUAUUGAGGUAGACUAAAUAAAGUCCUGGUACUGGAUCGGAGGUUAUAGGAGGUGGGAACAGCCGAGGAGAGCAUUCUGCUCAGGUAGGGCGGGAGUUUCCCAGAAAAGCUCUUAAACACAAGGCUGGAAAGAUGAAGGGUGCGUCUGGAUUCCAGCGACAGCCAGUUUAGUACUUUUAGCAUGUCACAAUGGUGGGUCCUGUAAUUACAUUGUAGCAGAAAUCGGCAGAACGAGUUAUACAAUGUAUUGAGUUUAUUAAUGUGGGAUUGUGGUGCAGGUGCAUAUACUACAUCCCCAUAAUCAAUGUUUGGCAUCAGCAUUUGCUGUACAAUCUUUUCCUUUACUGUAGGGCUUAGGCAGGAUUUGUUUCUGUAUAGGGCACCUAGUUUUGGAUAAAGUUUAGAUGCAAGUUUUUCUAUGUCGAGGCCGAAAGAUAGAUUGGGGGUCUAACAACAUACCCAAGUAUUUGAAAGAGUGGACUGCGGUCAGUGUGCUAUUUGAAUUUGUUCUGAUGGAUAGGUGGGAAUUGUGUAAUAUUGGCUAUACCUCACUGAUGAUACCUUACAAGGUUGAAACAAUCAUCUGGGGUUGCCGCAUCUCUCAUGAAGAGGGAACUUGCUGGCAUUUCGGAUCUGGACUGCCUGUAUGGGUGGGACCAGGGGCGUACCUAGAGCAUUUGGCACCCGGGGUGGAUCCUGUGCUUGGCACCCCCUUGUCCCCCCAAAAGUCCCCCCCCCAGCGCCAGUGUGGCUCCGCCUCCGAUUUUGCUUAGCUCCGCCCCACUUUUCCUCCGUGCGGCCAGUUUAUCAGCUGUUUGCUUGUGUGAGCUGUACUGGCCGCACGGCACCCUAACUACCAUGGGGCACUGUGCGGCCACAGCUCACACAGCCCCCUCCAGCCAGGGCCGGUGCAAGGAUUUUUGCCGCCCUAGCUGCAGUCUGGCUCCACUGGUCUGGUGUAGAACAGGCUCUCUGGAGGCGGUUUGUAACUGUGGUCACAAAAAUAAAUGUUCUGGGAGAACGGGAAGCAGCUCCAUUUUUGGGGGGCCCUUUACACAGCUCAAGGUCUGGGUCCCAGGGUCCACCUUCAUUUUCAACCAAUGAGUUUGUUCACAGGGGGUGGAGUGUGUAGGGGAUGUCCUGAUAUGUGUGUAAGGAAUGCAUUGUGUGAAUCUGUGUUUGUAUGUGUAAGGGCUGCAAGGUGUGUUUCUGUGUAUGUACGGGAUGCAUUGAGUGUGUGUAACGGGUGCAUUGAGUGUGUGUAAUGAAUGCACGGUGUGUUUCUGUGUGUGUAAGGGAUGCAUUGUGUGUCACGGUUGCAUUGCUUGUGUAUGUGUGUCUGUGUGUGUAAUGCAGUGUGUGUAAGGCAUUGUGUGUUUUUCUGUGUGCAAGGGGUGCAUUGUGUGUGAUGAAUGUCAAUCUCUCCCCCCCUCCAAUUUCCUUCUCUGCCCCCUCCAAUUUCCUUCUCUCUCCCCCCUCCCAAUUUCUUUCUUUAUCCCCCUCUCCCAAUCUUUCUUUAUACCCCCUCCAAUUUCCUUCCCUCUCCCAAGUUCCUUCUCCCCCCUCCCAAUUUCUUUCUUUAUCCCCCCAAUCUUUCUUUAUUCCCCCUCUCCAAUUUCCUUCCCCCCUCCCAAUUUCUCCUUAUCCCCCCAAUCUCUCCUUAUCCCCCCAAUCUCUCUUUAUCCCCCUCCCAAUCUCUCCUUAUCCCCCAUCUCUCCCCCAAUCUCUCCUUAUCCCCCAAUCUCUCCUUAUCCCCCCCAAUCUCUCCUUAUCCCCCUCCCAAUCUCUCCUUAUCCCCCAUCUCUCCUUAUCCCCCCAAUCUCUCCUUAUCCAUCCAUCUCUCUCUUAUCCCAAUCUCUCCUUCCCAAUCUCUCCUUAUCCCCAUCUCUCCUUAUUCCCCCCAUCUCUCCUUAUUCCCUCCCAAUCUCUAUUCCCCAUCUCUCCUUAUUCCCCCAUCUUUCCUUAUUCCCCCCUCCCAAUCUCUCCUUAUUCUCCCCCCCCUACCAUUGUUGUAGCGUGGCCGAGCCCUCUAUGGUCCGCGGGUACAGGGAGCUUUUGUUUCCUGUCCAAGGCCGGACUAACAGGAAGUGCACACUCAGUGUGUACUUCCUGUUAGUCCGGCCUGGUACAGGAGACAGAUGCUCCCUGUACCCGCGGACCAAUAGAGGGCUCGGCCACGCUACAGAGAGGGAGUGACAGGAGGGAGCGCUGAGCGCUUCCCUCCUGUCAGCCCCACUCCUCAGGCUGCGCUCGGGCAGCUGCAGCAUGAGGGGGGCCGGCGCUACUGGCGGCGCCCCCUCCCAAGGCACACCCCACCCUGCUGGCACCCGGGGGUGGACCACCCCCCCCCCCCCCUUUAGUACGCCACUGGGUGGGACCAGUAUGAUAUGCUUCAGAGAUGUUCCCUCUGUAAUGGUACAAGUUGAGCUAAAACUAGCUUGAGAUCUGAGCGGGGACCCACCGAAGGGCAGGCUAAUUGAGCUUUUGCCCGUUCUCACCUCUCUUGCUACCUAUCUCUCCUGUAAAUAGCAGGGGGCCAAGAAUGGAACACCACACGUGACUGGGAGAGGGAAUCGCUGUCAGAAAUGGACACAUGCAAACGAUCCAAUGCAUAUGAUCGAAACAAGGUUUUUACCUGAGUUUUUGAGUUUGUGCAGUAGAAUGUUGUGGUCUACUGUGUCAAAGGCCUUUGCAAAAAAAAAAGGACAAUAGCUCCAGUUAGGUCUCCUUGUUCCAUGUCAGUUUGGAUGUCAUUGCAAACUUUUAAGAGAGCAGUUGUAGUGGAGUGAUUCUGUCAAAAACCCGAUUGAUCAGGGGUCAGAUAGUUUGUGUUACGCUACUUGGGUGAUUUGGCUUGGAACUCAACUGCAGCUUUUAAACCUCCCUAAUUACAUGAGAGUAGAUACGGAGAAACUUUAAAGUAUCAAUACUGUAGCUUUAAGAAAAGAGGGAAUCGCUGGUAAAUUGAUUCAAACGAAGUUUUAAUAAGUGUUAAACUUAAAUGAUUGCAUUUAGGCAAUAAUCCAAUAAGAAGAAGUGCAAGUAAUAAACAACACAAAGUUCAUUAUUAAGUAUUUCCUCAGAGAUGCAUCAAGUAACAUUCUUUAGUUAAUGUGAAUAAUCUUCAAUAGUAAUAUUAAGCAAGUAGCUGAGAAUAGUUGCAAAGCAAGAUCAGUUCAUAGCUAAUAGGCAUAAUGGAAGUUGUCUUCCAAAUAAUUAGUAACUUGAAGCAGUGAGUGUAAUUGCAAAGCAAGAAACAGUUCAUAAUGAAUAAGCAUAGUAAAUGAGCAUGAUGAGAGUUGUCUUUUAAAUAAUUAGUAGCUUGUAGUAGAGAAGAUUUCAGAAAGCAAGACUUGUUUCGUUAUUAUAUGAGAUUGUAGAUAAUUAGAUGAGAGGUAUACUUAAGGUUAGUUGUCCAAUAGUAAAGAGAUAAUGUCCACUUGUAAAGUGAGUUUCCGUUCUCCAGCAAUCCUCUUUAACGUGAGCUUACUUGUCUUAGCCCGAUGGCUAAGAUAAAAUCAGAGCUUGAGAGCCGGCGUCUUCCAGGAGCCGGCAUGUACACUCGGAAGUUGGACUCACAUUGCCAGACCCUGUGGAGAACCUAAGUCUGGCGGAAGUAGUUCCCAGUAGCUGAGCCUGUGGAGCCCGCGGUCCCGCGGAGGCAGCUCACACAUUAGCUCGCACACAAUCACCAAACACCCUCUCGAUGGCGCGGUCUCCCUAAAUACCGUCAGAGCCGCGUCAGAGGGGGGCGGGGUCCAGCUCCGCACAGCGGAGUGCCGAACCCGGAAGUGUUACCGCAUGACAGUUUGAUUGUUGGUAAUACUCACAUAGUUGUGUAUGGACACAUUUUUCUAAGAUUUUUUACAAUACUGGAAGCAAUGAUAUUGGGCAAUAGUUAGAAACCAAAGUAGUGUCACCACUUUUAUGGAUAGGCACUAUUCUUGCAGUCUUCCAAAGUUUGGGUAUGUAUCCAGACACCAAGGAUUCGUUAAUUAUGGUUGUAAUAGGUUUAGCAAUUGCCGGCACACUGAGCUUUCACAGAGACUUAUGUACAGUUAAGAUGCAAAAUCCCUGAUCCUUGUGCAGGGGUACAAUCAGAACACUUUGGGAUAUUAGAAACUGUUAGAACAGAAUUUAGAUCUCUUUAAACAAUUUACCACUUCUUUGCCAUGUACUUCUAUUUAAGUUAGCAAUCUCUGGUUUGUCCUACAAUCUUUUUCAGGCACUGGGGAGGCCACCAUGAAUUGACAGAGACACAGGUUGUUCAGUGACCUCAAAAGUCUUAUUGCAUAUCACAGGUUAUAUUUUGCUCUUUAACAGGGUGUGCUUUUAUUUUUUAUUCAAUCAGAUAGUUACACCUGAUCUUAAUGUAUAGAGAGAGUAGUAAAAUGGAGGGGAAGGAGGAUUAGUUUGGACUUUACCGCUGUUACUCGGCAAUUCAGAAGUGUGUGUGUGUGUGGGGGGGAGGGUGGAUAGGGGGCAGGGAAUAAGGUAUAAAGUCUAAUCUUGUCAACUACCCUCUAUACAUUGAACAGAACUUAGCUUGUUAGUCUAGGGGCUUAUUCUAGGGGCUCCUACCAACCAACAUAGAUACCACCAACAUUCUAGGGGCUCCCACCCUGGCACACAGAUACCACUUGAACACGCAUAUACAUUCCAGAUAUACUCACAAAUACACACAUACCAGGAUUCAAACUACCAGACAGACAUACACACAGGGUUGCUCAGUGAUUGCUUCAAAAUUCUCAGAUAAGUUGCAAACUCACUGCUUUUGAAACAAUGGCCCCAAGUUAAUUGUUUUAGUGCGUUUAAAAAAAAACUUUUAUCAUCAUUGCAUAGUUUUUGCAACAUUUCUUCAUAAUGCAGUAAUCUAGUCUUACCAUUUGUGUUUGCAGAAGACCUCAAGGGAGCUAAGAUUAAACCUAACCAAUGCAAAGACAAUAUGACUUCAGGGAAAGGUCAUUCUCCAUGAGAAACAUAUCUAGCUUAAGAACAAGAUAAGUAUUAAUUAGUUUUGAUGUCUUUCUAGGUUUGGCCUUCUUCAUAAUACAAAACAGAUGCUUUUGUUAACUGAAAAAUCAGCAUAAUUUAUUGCUAACAUGCCAGGGUUUAAGAUAGAAAAACAAUUGUAUGAAAUCAAAUAUUCCUACAGGGAUGCAUAACAGCUUGCAAAAAAUAUGAAAAAAACCACCUAAAAUGUCUGUUUUAAAACUUUGCAAAAUGAAUAUAGUUUUCCGAUAGAGAAUAUACUGAUACAAAGGAUUUGGCUUUGUAAAUAGCAUUAGGCUAAUGGGACCAGAAAUUCUCUUCAGAGUGCUUAAAAUACAGAAUCCCAUUUCCUUACUGAUUUUAUGUAUGUAUCAUUUUUAGAAUUAUGAUUUAGUUUCAGACUCUCCACUUCUAAAUGGAGCAUCUAAAUCAGUGCACUGCGCCCAGACGCCCAAAGGUGGGGGAUGCCAAUAGCAGCCCUGUACAAGGGGCCCAGUAGGUGGCCAUCUUAGGGCAGCCCGGUUGCGGCGAUUAUUUAGUAAGGCAGAGUAGGUGACAGACAAACACUGCUUACAUGGAUGGCAGGUGACAACUCUGCCGAUGUAUGCUAGGAGGGAGGAGAGGAGGGAGGAGAGGAGGCAGGCAGCCUGCGGCGUGGGAAGCUAAUCUUGCAGUCCUCAAUCCUUCCUCAAAUGCCCUGUAAUGCUGGGAAUCAGAAUAUGAUGUCAUUCCGGCCCUGACAUACUAAACAGCAUGCGAGAGGAGUUAGGAUCUGCAAGAUUACAGCCCCACACUGGACCUCAAAGAGAGGUAGGGAGACUGAAUGGGCUUCCGACAAUAAAUGUAGGUUGUGGGAUUGUGCAAGAAUGUGUAGGUGUGCCUGUCAGUAAGUGUGUGAGUAUGUCUGUCAUUAAGUGUGUGUGUUUGUGUCAGUCAAUGAGUGUCUGUCAGUGAGUGUGUGUCUGUCAGCUAGUGUGUCUGUCAAUGAGUGUGUGUCUGCCAGUGAAUGUGUGUUUCUGUCAGUGAGUGUGUGUGUCUGUCAGUAAGUGUCUGUCUGUGUGUGUUUGGCUGUCAGUGACAGUGUAUAAAGCUACUCACUCAUGUUAAAGUAAUCUUUCUGUCAGGUAUCCUCAAGCUAUACAGCUGUUGUGCCCUAUCCAAAAGUAUAUAUGCACAGCAAUCCCACUAAGAAAAAACACCACUACCUUUUAGAAUCACUGCAACCACUGGAGAUUGCAGCAAAGGUGUGUCUUUGAGUAUGUCUGUCAGUGAGUGUGUCUGUGAGUGUGUUUCAAACCAGUGAGAUUGUGUGUUUGUCAUUGAGCGUGUGUCUGCCAGUGUUCGUCUGUCAGUGUGUCUUUCUCAGUGAGAUUGUGUUUGUCAUUGAGCGUGUGUCUGCCAGUGUUCAUCUGUCAGUGUGUCUUUCUCAGUCAGAUUGUGUGUUUGUCAUUGAGCGUGUGUCUGCCAGUGUACAUCUGUCAGUAUGUCUUUCUCAGUAGAAGUGUGUGACUGUCAGUUAUUGUGUGUGUCUGUCAAUGAGUGUGUUUCAAACCAGAUUGUGAGUCUGUCAUUGAGAUUGUGUCUGUCGGUGUGCGUCUGUCUUGUGUCGUCUUAGACAUUUGCAAAGGGGAAAAGUUAGUCAAAUGACCACACCCACAUGGGGGUGCCAAAUAAAUUUCUGCACCCAGGCGUCUGUGACCCUAGGAUUGACCCUGCACACAAGCUAUUAAUAUCAACAUGUGUGUUCAUUAAUGCAAUUAAUUGUGUAGCUCUCAUUGAAAGAACCAAAUGUGGUCUCUUUUACAGAGUGAAAAAUAAAGUUCAGCUCAAGUUUGAGGAGAGCUCAUUUUGCGUUACACCAAAUAACAAACAAAUUUACAUUAUUGCUGGCUGACAAAAGCCAGACCACUCCCUUCCCAAAACUACAGUACAUAUAACUUUUAGGAUUCCACAUGACCCCAGUAUCGAUCCCUACUAGAAUUGGCACUAUGGCCAGAAAAAUUAACUGCCCCAGUGGGACAUUGUGCAACCAUCCAUAAAUAUGGGGAUAUUACUAUAUUCAAACUGUGAUAGUUACUGUUAAAACAACAUUAUUGCAAUUUAUAUUCCUAGUAAUAUCAACGUUUAAACAUUUGUAUAAUUUUAAUACCGUAUAUGUUAUUAAGUUCCAGGCAGCAUCUGUUUAUAUAAAAUAUUAACUCUUUACCCUACGGUUUUCUUUCUACUCUCAAUAUUCAAAUGUUGCUAGAGCUACAAGUUCAACAUCUUGCUGUAAAUCUAAUUCGGGAACUCCGCAAGUGUGCCUACUCAAUACAAUUAGCGCAGAGGUCUUUUUAUCUAUGCAAGCUUUAAGAAUGUGUUUUAUUUAUUUAGGUAAUGUUUAAUAUUACAAUUCACAAGUGCGCAAUGAUAUUAGAUAGUGCUUGGUUUAGCAAGGGAACUGUUAUCCUGCAGGUUCAUGAAAAGUUCAUACAUGAGUGGCACUUAUGUAGCAGGAAUUAAACUGAAUUAGUUUAGUAAUUUGGUAUGAAAUCCCCGAAUCGUUAUUUGUUCUUUUUCAUUUAAAGAUAGGUAAAUAAAGCACGUUUAUGUCUGCUGUAGUGCUGGUAAAUGAACACAAAAGCAAACUAUUCUAGAACUAUGUGGAAAUAUUUAGGGGGUUAUUUAUUUCUAACACAAACAGGUUUAAUUACUGAAGUCAGAAAUCAUAGUGAAUUUCAAAUUUAAGACCAGAUUAUCCAGGCCAAUCCUUAAUUUUGAAAUUCACUUUGAAUUCUCACUUCAGUAAACAAACCGGUUUGUGUUGGAAGAACGUCAAUGUUUUUAAAAUGUAUUAUUUGUUUUCAAUUAUUACAUUGUAUGGGAAGUGCAUUCCAAAUAUACACCUUGGGAAUGGAGUAACACUGAAACCACUUGGGGACCUUUAUAAUUUUUGUCUAUCAGGCAUGUCAUUAUACUUUGGACGCAUUCCUUUUAGCAAAGGCAUAACUAGAAACCAAUGAGCCCCUUUGCGAAAAUUGCCCUGGGACCCCCCAUGUGUCUCAUUCCUCCCCCCAGCGCCUCCACGUUCCUCAUUCCCUCCCCCCAGCCCCUCCAUGUGUCUCAUUACCUCCUCUCAGCCCCUCCAUGUGUCUCAUUACAUCCUCUCAGCCCCUCCAUGUCUCAUUCCCUAUUCCUCAGCCCCUCCAUGUGUCUCAUUCAAUACCUCCAGCUCCUCCAUGUGUCUCAAUCCUUAGUUCCCAUGUGUCCCUGUCCCCUAGCCCCCAGCCUAUCCAUGUGUCUCUCUCUCUCCCCUAGCCCCCCUAGCCAAUCAAUGUGUCUCUCUCCCCCUAGCCCUCCAGCCCAUCCAUGGGUCUCUCUCCCAUAGCCCCCCAGCCCCUCCAUGUGUCUCUCUCCCUUAGCCCCCAGACCCUCCAUGUGUCUCUUUCCAUUAGCCUUCACAUCCCUCCACUUGUCUCUUUCCCUUAGCCCAUCAGCCCCUCCACUUGUCUCUCUCCACUAGCCCCUCCAUCUCCCCUAGCCCCCCUAGCCUCCCUUCGGACCCCAGCCCCUCCAUGAUUUUCCAUCCUUAGCCUCGACCAGUCCCUCCAUGUUUCUAUAACUCCCUAAGCCCCCAAGCCCCUCCCUUAGCCCCCCAGCCUCCCCAUGUGUCUCUCUCCCCUAGUCCGUUUCUAUGUAUCUCUCCUCUAGCCCCCAUGUGUCUCUUUCCCCUAGUCCCCCAGCCCCUCCAUGUGUCUCUCUCUCUUAGCCCCCCAGCCCCUCCAAGUGUCUCUCUCCCCUUGCCCCAUGUGUCUCCUCUAGCACCCCUCUAUCUGUCUCUCUCUCCCCUAGCCCCCCAUGUCCUCUCUUCCAACAAAGAAAGUCUAGUAGUAAUAAUACCUGAUGUGCAAAGUUACCAAAGGGGUUAGCAACCUGUGGCAUGUGUGUCAUGCAUGGCACUCAAAUAUACACACAAAGACUGCUGAAUACACACAUGGAAUGCUGAAUAUACACACACAGACUGCUGAAUACACACACACAGAAUGCAGAAUACACACACAUGCUGCUGAAUACACACACAUGCUGCUGCAUACACACACACAGGCUCCUGAAUACACACAUAUGGACUGCUGAAUACACACGGACUGCUGAAUACACACAGACUGCUAAAUACACACACACGGACUGCUGAAUACACAGACACGGACUGCUGAAUACACACACACAGACUGCUGAAUACACACACAGGCUGCUGAAUACACACGGACUGCUGAAUACACAUACACGGACUGCUGAAUACACACACAUGGACUACAGAAUACAAACAGGCUGCUGAAUGCAUACAGACGGAAUACUGAAUACAUACACACAGACUACUGUGCUGUGUGUGAGAGGGUGCUAUGUGUGUGAGAGGGGUGCUGUGUGUGAGAGGCGUGCUGUGUGUGUGUGUGUGUGUGUGUGUGUGUGUGUGAGGGGUGCUGUGUAUGUGUGUGAUGGUGUUUUGCCCAAUCAUUAAAUUCAUGAAGCACCAAUAUAAAAAAGCAAUAAUCAAUUACCCUAAGGUCUUCAAAGAUAUUGUGGGGCACCAAAACCCUAUUCGGAGUGAACUGAGUAUUUGAGAAUGAGAAAGACACUCACCAAGUACUUGUAAAAAAUCAAUAAAAACUUUAUUGACUAACAGAGACUUGAUUAAUACGUAACAAUAUUCAAUCUAUAGUGCGCAUUCAGCUUAAGGGAACAGCUUAAUUAUCUAGAUAUCAACUGAAGUAUACAUCACCAUUAGAGAAGCUUGGAUGUCACUCCGCUGCACUACUGAGGGAACUCAGGCAGUCAAACUUGGAAGGACCCUCUCUACUGGGAACAGCAAAGACCAGCAACACACAACCGUAUUACAGGUGGGUAGUUCUCCAAGUGAGUGCCAAAAUCAACUGUCUUUUAUACUUUUUUACCAAUGAGAUGGAUAGUCUGUACUUUUCCACCAAGUUUCUUAUCAAUGCAUGUAUAUGUCAUGCACACUAAGCAAUCUUCAUGGUUGAUCAGGCCAGUCAUGAUCACCCAAGGCACAUGCCAGACACGUAUGGUACCUUUUCUCUGAAUCUAUGUCCCUGUACUCAGUCUUUCUAGACAUUGCUGGCACUAAGUCUUACUUUCAAGCACAUUCACCAUUUCAUUCCCAUUACCAAACUUUCCUUAAUAUGUGAAGGUAGUUGGAUUGAAACAUUAAUUUAUAUGCAAAUGCACAUCUGCUUAAAAUAAAGCCGCUCUUUUGUUUAUUUUGAAGCCCUAUGAGUUCUUUCUUUUGUUGCAUUAAUAGUUUUCAAUUUUAAGUUAUCUUUUUCACCUCUAUAUCAGCACACUAUACUGGCGCGACUUAUUAUUGGACUAGUAUAACAUUUUUCCAGAGCUGCUUUUAUUUACCAGUCCGACUCUGGACGCCGGCAGUGGCUUUACUGUUCAUUUGGGCUGCCCCUCUAUAUGGGACUAAUUAUGUAGUAUAUGCAGCAGGUCAUGUCUCCCUGCGCUAGGGAGCACUUACAUAGCUGCAGACCAGUGCCCAGUGGCAUCCACCUCAGCUCACAAAGUUCACGUAUAGCCCUCAGCCCUUGCACACAUCUAACACAGCAGCAGUACAAGGACGUAUCAUUUGAUCGUUCCCUUCCCUUGCCCUGUACUUGGAGUCAAGUGGGCAGGAAACGGGAGCAGGGCUAAGACAGAGAGUGAGGCAGCCAGGUGCAGUCACGAUGCCUGGAUCACACAGACACAGCAAACUGAUACAUAAAACAAAGGCAAAAUGGGGUGCUUGAAGUGUGUGUUUUAAAGAAUGUGUGUCAGCCUGUUUGAGUCAGGAUGUUUCUGUCUGCUUGGGUCAGUUUGUGUGUGUGCUUGGGUCAGUUUGUGUUUCUGCUUGGGUCAGUGUGUGUGAGUGCUUGGGUCAGUGUGUGUGUCUGCUUGAGUAAGUGUGUAUGUGUGUCAGUUUACAUGAGUCAGUGUGUAUGGUGUAUGUAUGUGUGUGUGUGCAUCAGUCUUUAUCAGUCUUAAACAGUCUUUAUCAGUCUUCAUCAGUUAGUGAGUGUGUCUUCUUGGGCAUGUUUGUGUGAGUCAGCCUGCAUGCGUCAGCAUGUGUCUCCUUGAGUGAGUGUGUGUGUGUCACUCUGCAUAUAGUCAGUGAAUUUGUGUGUGUCAGCUGUGGGGCAUUUCCAAAAACUACUCUAACGUUAGCACUGACUCUGGGACCCCAAAAGGGAAAAAUUGCAAAAAAGAAACGUUUGCAAAAAAUUCAUUUUAUUUGCAAUAUUAAAAAUUGUGUGUACACAAUUUCAGGGUAUGGCUGCAUUCCCUGGGAUUCAUGUUUGCCCUUAGUAAAAGGGGUUAAUUGCCAAAAUUAACUAGUACAGAAAGCAUAGGAUAAACAAUACAAUUCACUGAGUCAGCUUUUUUGAACCUGUUGGGGUUCAUCAAUAUGAAGAGAUUUUUUACUUAUUGCAGUCAGAGUUCCGAAUUUGAUCUACUUUCUCUUUUUUUUUUACUUUUAACUUGUACAGUUGUGGAUAAUGAGCCACACAAAUUACAAAAGUAAUUACAUUGUAUUAUGAUCUGUCCUUUAAUGUCUUAAACUAACUUUAAUAUUGAAGUUUAAGCCCAGGGCAUGAAAGGUACUGCAGACUGUCUAUCUACUUUCACAAAUAUCCAGGCUUCAUCAUUGCCCAGCCUGUCUCAUUGUCUAAUAAGUGCACACUUGGCAGCUAUUCAAACAACUACAUUGGUCUGGUAUUUUCUUUUAUUCCAAUUCAAUGCAUUGUUAAACAAUGCAUGGGCAAUGGAAGUUCUCCCGUGUCCUCUAAUGAUAAUUACCUUGGAUAACAAAUAUCUCAGUGAAACCUAUUGCAGGUAAUUACAGACAAGACUCUGUUAACUUAUCUGUCUUUCUGAACCCUGGGGCUUGUAUGGAAAAUGUGAAAUAAAGACGACAACACUUCUGAAAUGCAUUCAUUUCUUGCCUGCACAUCCUAUUCUAAAUUAUAUUUAAAUAGUUUCAAUAGCUCAGAAAUUCUUGCUCUCUCAAAGGCAAUACACCAUAUUUAUAUGAGUGAAGGGCCUCUAUAAAUAAUAAUGAUGGCCCUUUUGAGAUUAUAUUAGGGGCUCGUAUAAUACAUUACAUUGUGCUGUGUUGUAUAAAUAACAUAUUUUUUAAUAUUUAAUACGGAAAAGGGAAAUGAUGCAAAUUAGCAAGUAAUCUCAAGCUCCAGUUUCAAGGUCUUCUUCUAUAAUUGCUGCCGCCCAGGAGUGAUGGGAGUGAGCGCAGGACUUAUCUUUUUGCAUUUGUAUUCACUUUUUGUACCACACAGCUAGGUUGCAAUGCUGCUGCCCAUCCCAUUUGUUCCCUAUUAAGGGUUAAUAAGUAUAUAGGGGUGUAUAUAAAAAAUACCCCUCUCAGUCUCAUUAGAGAUAUCUUUGACAGAGGCUCAAGGAAGCAAGGUGAAGGGUUAGUGUAGGACCCGUCUAGGGGGGUCUGCCUUGACAUUGACAGGCGGGCAUUCCCUCCAAUGGCCAUUGGAGUAACUAAGUGACCUCCAUUUGUUUAUAUAUACAUAGGGAAUAACCCCUUAAGGACCAAACUUCUGGAAUAAAAGGGAAUCAUGACAUGUCACACGUCAUGUGUCCUUAAGGGGUUAAGGAGAGAGCGCAGGUAACAUUUUAUUUUUGGGUUUUUACUUCUUCUAUAAUUGCCAGAUUUCUCUGCCGCUUUAAACCAUUAAAGGACUACUCUAGGCACCCAAACCACUUCAGCUUAAUGAAGUGGUCUGGGUGCCAGGUCCAGCUAGGGUUAACCCAUUUUUUUAUAAACAUAGCAGUUUCAGAGAAACUGCUAUGUUUAUGAAUGGGUUAAGCCUUCCCCCAAAUCCUCUAGUGGCUGUCUCAUUGACAGCUGCUAGAGGCGCUUGCGUGAUUCUCACUGUGAAAAUCACAGUGAGAGCACGCAAGCGUCCAUAGGAAAGCAUUGGUAAUGCUUUCCUAUGCGACCGGCUGAAUGCGCGCAGCUCUUGGCGCGCGUGCGCAUUCAGCCGACGGGGAGGAACGGAGGAGGAUCGGAGGCAGAUAGCUCCCCGCCCAGCUCUGGAAAAAGGUAUGUUUUGCCCCUUUUCCCCUUUCCAGAGCCGGGCGGGAGGGGGUCCCUGAGGGUUGGGGCACCCUCAGGGCACUAUAGUGCCAGGAAAACUAACAUGUUUUCCUGGCACUAUAGUGGUCCUUUAAUAGAAUUGUAUAACUCUCAAUUGUCCCUACGUAGGAGGGACAGUCCCUAUCUUGGACCUAAAUCCAUCUGUCAUUCCUUUCUAGGAAAUAAAUAUUGUUGGUGUAUUGAGUGUAUAACAGAGCUUCACAGCAAUAAUACCAACAUUUAUGUGUCUUUAAACUGCAAUAAAUAUGUUUAGAAAUCAGUCUGUGUAAAUAAAAUACAAUGUUCUUCUCAAUUAUUUUUAGUUGCAUAAAUUGCAAUUAGUAAGUUACCUAAAAUUUCUCAGAACAACAGGACCCAUGGCCACGCACCCACUUACACCCCUUUGCCCAUUUAAAAUGUUGGGAGUUAUGGAAUUACAAUGCUGCACAGAAUAUGACAGAUGGGGUUCACUGAACUGUAAAUUGUAAUAAGUCUAAAAAUCGAAAAGGCAAGCCAAGAUAACUGAGCUGGCCAAUAUACCCCAAUGUAUAGCUAUAUUUACAGUUUAGCUAUUUUAAACUGAAUUUUUAGCUAGGCUUUCAAUUUACUUCAGUUCAUUCACUGUUUUGUGAACAAACUAAACGAACAAACAAAAACACAUUGGUUCUGUCAUCUAACACAGUCUCAAACACUCGUCUGGUUAUGUCUCAAACACUUGAGAUAAUGAUAAAUAGUAAAUAUUGUCAGCAAAAAAUUAACAUAUGAAUAAAUGUAUUAAUUUAUUAAAGAAUACUGAUACAUAUGUAUUGUUUUGUGAUUUUUUAUUUUAUUUUUUAUACUCAUUAACUGAGACAUGUUUAACCCUUACAGAACGAGGAGAAUAAGCAAAGUUAAUGUGUUCUACCUCGUUUUUACUGUGCACAAACAUUCUUUUAAAAUCCAUGCUAAAAUCUUGCAUUGUUUUAUGUGCCAAACAAAACACAUAAAAAGGAUUCAAGUGCCAUAUGCAUGCACUCACAAAGAACAACAGGAAUUUGUACAGUUUAAAUAUCACAAUAUUCUAUACACAGUGGUACAAUGCUAAGUAUCUCAUCAGAACACCCCACGCAUAUAAAUGCAUACAUACAUAUACACAACCUAGAGAGAAAACAGUUAUAGCCUGGGGAUGCCUUUCAUGGUUCUGCUUAGGCUUUUUAGCUCCAGUGAGGUUACAUUUUAUGAUAUGUGAUACAACAUAAACCUGCACUCUCGAGGGGCCUUUUCCUAGAUGGGGAUUUCCAUGUUAAUGGCAAUGUGGGAAAAGCAGUUUUUCAUUUAAGUAUGGCAAUGCCAAGAGCACAAAACAAGAUCUUCUCAGAUAUGAUUUUUCACGGCUGAUGGGGAAGAACAUGAUGAGUCAGUCCUUUGACCUGGGGGUUCCUCUUAAAACCUUUGGGAUAAAUAAUAAGGCCUACUGCCAGGCAGAACUAUUCGCCCCAAAUCUGUUAUCAACCUCUGUUAUGCACUUGUGAAAAAAUAUAACAUUAUAUGCCAAUUUCUAAAGGAAAAGCAUCCCACAAAAGCAAGUGGCUGUUAUAGCAGCAAAUGGGGUGUCAGAUUCCAUCUUAAAGAAACACUCCAUGCACAAUAACCACUACAGUGUGCCCUGACACCCUCCCCUACACAGUUUUAAGUAGUAAAACCAUUUUAGAACACUUUUACUUCUUACCUAGGCUCUACCAGGCCUGCUGACCGCCUACAUUACUUUCAAGAGCUGCAAGCUUCCAUUAGCUCUCCUGAGCUAAGCCCUGCAUGGCAGAGCAGGUUCAUUGCCUGAGAGGAUCAUUUUAUCACUUUCAGCCAAUGAGAUAAGACCUGCACCAAUGGGCUUAGCCUCAGACAGAGGUGCCUGCUUUAUGUCUGAAGUAGUGGAGAGAUGGUGUGGCACCUGGCAGAUAAGAAGUCAAACAAUUUUAAAAUGGUAUUACUACUUACAAUUGGGGCUGCCAGGGCACACUUGCCACCAUAACUACCUCAGUGUGCUCUAGUAAGUAUGAUGCUUCAAGUUCCUUUAAUGUCCUUGGGAUGAGAUGUUCGAGGUAAAGUGUUCCACAUACUCUGCGCUAUAUAGUGUAUGGCCAAGGACUAAUGCUUUUGUUUCCCACUCUGAUCAGAAAACUGCUUUCAGAAUAAAUUUAUUCUUGAUCCUAUAGCCCCAGGAUUGGCACUGGAAUAAGUGUUUUAAUUAAGGAUUUCAGAGUUAAAAGAAUCGGUUUCAUUGUACUCAUACCAUUCACUUAUGGAAUUGAUAUUGAAGGAACAAUAUAAUGUAAGGAAAGCAAAAUUGCAUUUAUAGCAGUGAAGUGUCCCUCUGCCUCCAUGGCCACCCUGGUUCGAUGCCAUGAAAGGGUUAAAUAACCCUCUAAACACUUACUAGAUUCUAGUGUUGACGUCCCUUGGUGUUUGGUCAGGCCCCUCCACCAAUGUACGAUGGGGGGACUUAAUAUCGUCAUGCAAAUUGUAAGGACAUCCAGUGCUGUUUCAAAGAGUUAAACUAUGUGAAACAGAAGGAAGCCCCUCUAGUGGCUGCUGACCAGAUAGCCUCUGAAACGGUAAUGUUUUGCAUUGGAGGACUAAGGGGACAGGGGCACUGCAUCCAGAAAGGGGAACUUCACUCCAAUGAUAUGAAGUUAUCUGGGUGCCUUUAGUGUCCCUUUAACAAUUGUUUCGCUACCAAGAGCAGAAUACUCUUAACGUAGAUCUAAUUAUCUGUUUCAUUCUAAUAUUGAAAGAAACAAUAUACAAUAUUGAACAAUACGGAAGCAACUCUCUAGAGGCUGUCACAAGUUUAAUGAAAAACAAAAAAAAACACAUAUGAAAACAAUGCAUUUUCCUUACUUAAAUAGGGAAUUUCAGCAUAAAACAUUUACAAAAUGUUCCAUAAUGAAGCCAGGAACACAGAAAUAAUAAAACAGAUGCUAGUUGGUUCAUCAGCGGAAAGAAAAUAGGAGCGUCUUCUUUUUUUUUUUCAAGAUGUUCAUUAGGUGAACUUCUAUUUUCCAUUUGUUUCAGGAAAGGCUGCGGAUCGUUAAUACUAAUGGAAGUACAAGUUUAUAAGCGUGAACACAACAAAUAAGUCCUGCAGGCUACUAUUUCAAACUGAAUUUGGUAACUUUGUAAAAAAGCAUUAUAACGAGAAAGGGGGAGAAAAGUAAAAAAUACGUUUUAAAAGCUUCAUUGUUUUUUGUUUGUUUUUUCAAUUUGAAGUCCUGCUAAAACUUCAAGAGCUAAAAAUACCAUCCCACGUAAAUCUACUGCACCUUAUAUUGGUAGCAUUCAGAGUAAGAGGAACAUGCAUAAAGUUCUCGCAGACAUACAACUCUGUGGACUCUGCCGAUAACCUACUGAAGUGAUGGCUGACCUUGACACCAUAAAUUGUUUCUGGACUAGAUUUCCCAUGGUGCUCAGCUAGCUUUUAGAGUCUAAAAGCUAGCUGAGCAUCAUGGGAAAUCUAGUCCAGAAACAAUUUAUGGUGUCAAGUUUAGGCAUCACUGACCUACUGUGUGAGACAAAGAGGCAGAAUAUUCAGGAAUGACUUUCCAGCAUUUCCCAAAGGAGUUUUCAGGCUGAUUAUUUAAUUUAUAGGGUUAUUCCCUAAAAUGAUAAUUCAAGGUGAUUUCAAAGUAAAUUUCAAAUUUAAGGUCAAAAUAGCCAAACUGGAAAAACUAAUCUAGGCUUUUGGGUCGGCUACUUUGGCAUAGUCACCAGAACAACUACAGCUUAUUGAAUUUGUUCUGGUGAGUAGAAUCAUUACCUUCGGGCUUUUUGCUGUAAACACUGUCUUUCCAGAGAAAAUGUAGUGUUUACAUUACAGCCUAGUGAUAACUCCACUGACCACUCCUCAGAUGGCUGUUAGAGAUGCUUCCUGGGUCAUGGCUGCCUAAAAUGCAUCCAAACAUUCAGUAUCUCCUCCCUCUGAAUGCAGACACUGAACUUUCCUCAUAGAGAUUCAUUGAUUCAAUGCAUCUAUUUGAGGAGAUGCUGAUUGGCCAGGGUUGUGUUUGACUUGUGCUGGCUCUGCCCCUGAUCUGCCUCCUUCACAGUCUCAGCCAAUCCUAUGGGGAAGCAAUGAGAUUGGCUCAGACCACCAUUUCGGAUGAUAUCAGCAGACAGCUUGCAGGUCUGAGGCAGACAGGGGCAGAAACAGCAGCUUCAGGCUUGAUUACAAGUAAGAUUUUACUAUAUUUAGGGAGGCAAGAUGGAUCAAGGGGGGCUAGAUGGUGGUUUUAACACUAUAGGGUCAGGAAUACAUGUUUGUGUUCCUGACCCUUUAGUGUUCCUUCAAAUCUGAAAUUCUAUUUGAAUUUUCACGUUAGUAAAUAACCAUGUAUGAGACAAACUAUGUACUUAUUGGCAAAUAGUCUAUCAAUUAAAUCUCAAGUGCCUUCCUAAGCUUUAAAAUGCAAUGUAAAUAUAAUUUUUUUACCAUAAGUUAAAAAGGCACUCUAAGCACCAUCACCUCAUUGUUGCGGAGCUGUAAAGAGUCCACGGAUGCCAACCAUCCCGUAGAUUCUGUGAAACCUUUUUCAAGCUCGGCCAACGUCUACUGCCCAGCACUUUACCUACACGUUCCAAGUUUGACUCUAGUACUCUCAAACCAAUGUCGGAUGAGCUAAUAAGGAAAUACACUUUCAUAUUAGCAGAGCAGUAGAGACCCACUUUCUGUUCAACUGCAAACGAAAAGUCUGACGUGAGCAUUACACCAUAACUACUUCAGUGAAUUUUAGUGUUUAUGGUGCUUAGAUUGCCCCCUUAAAUCUUAUUUUCUUCUCUUCCAGGGCAAUCUGUUUUUUUUUGCAGAUUCACAGUUAUUAUGAACAGUCCUACAAAGUAAAGUAUGUAAACUUCUAUUAUUUUAUCAAUGCCCUUUACCAAAGUGAGAAUUAUAAGUAAAUCUAAAAUUUAAGGUCAAAAUAGCUAAACUGGAAAAAACCCUAAGUCAGCUGUGCUUUCAGAUUGGCUACUCUGGCCUUACAUUUGAAAUUCAUUUUGAACAAUUCUCACUUUAAUAAAUGAACCCCGUAGGUCUUUUUGUCUCACUGGAGAUGUUCGACUUUCCACUUUAGCCCCUGGGCCUCAGCUGUGUUUCAUUUAGCUAUUUCUAAAAUACAAUUGUUUUAAAAUUCUUUGCUGACUGCAGAGUUUUAUGUCAUCAGAUUACACAAUGAAGGUUCACUAGUUUUCUUUUUUUGUCUGAAAGUGCUCCCAUCCUCAUCCUUCAUCCUCAUCUUUUAACACACAACAAAACCAUUUAUAAUAUGCAAAGUUCACAUUAGAUGUCCAUGCAUUGAGGCUGCCGAUUAAGGUUAAUCUCUAGCCUUUGCUCCGUCAUUAAGUUGGUGACGUUAGGCAUUAGAGCUAGGAUUAGACAUUAGGGGUAAAAUUUAGUGAUCGAGUUAAGAAUUAAAAUGAUGAAACAAAUGUGACCGUAAUGAAAUGACUACAACUAAGUCCCUUACAACAAACAAAGAUAUGUCAUAUGCACUGUAUGUCCUUAAUAUAAUGACGCUGGAAAGUCUGAACAUAUAGAAAUUUGUGUAAAAUUAAAUAGUAACAAACUAUGAGUUCUUAGAGAAAAGAUCAACUUUUUUUUUAUAUUCUUUAUUUUUGUUGUGCACAAAAUGAACAUACAGCUUCAGUACGCCACAACAAUGCUGAGUACGGCCGUGGGUGUAGCAGCCAAGCAGCAGGCAUGGGGUGUGGGCCUAUCAGCGUAUUUGUGUCAGGUAGGUCCUGUUUCUGCCCUCCUCAGCAUCCCCGCCAGGGUCUCACUCCCCGGACCAGGUACUCACGCAGGUAAGUAGAUGCUUCCACACAUGGGGAGACUGUCCCUUAAAAAAGUCUUGAGUGCACCUGUCGUAAGUGCCAGCAGCGGAUAGGGUAACAGGCCACUGGAGCAGAUGGGUUGCGUUGUGGUAUAGUGUGUGGUAUCGGAUGGUCGAUUUUGGAGCAGUCCACUACCCAUGAGAGGGCCAUUGGGGUGAGGUGGAGGCUUCUUGUGCCUGUUGCACCGUGGCGGUUUUCCAGGGUUUCUUUUUUUUUUUUUUUUAAUAAUUUGUUUAUUUCAUUUUUCUUAUAUAACCAUACAAGACAUUACCAUCAACCUUAAUGAUAUAGAAAACAUAAAAAGUAUUGCCAUCUACCACCAAUUAGAUAAAAAUUGUAAAAUUAUAUGUAUACUCAAUACUAUUGCACACAUAAUAGCCUUUGUGAUAUUAGAGCUUUUUCCCCUUUUCAUUAUUCUACUAAAUUAUUUUCUAGAUCUAGACCAAAUGCCAUAUUGGGAAAGAAGAAAGAAGAAAAAUCAAUCUACAUGUCUAAAAAAUUUUUAUCCAGCAUCCCUCUAAUAUUAAAGUUCCUUUUAUCUAUCGAAUAAGGCAACUUAAUUCACGAUUAAUUAUUACUUAAAUUAGGUAGAUGGCAUUCCAAACUUCAUUAAUAUGAUAUACAAAACAAACAUAAAAGACAAACAUUUAUUUUUAUGCAUUGCAAACUCUUCUUGGGGUAUUUCAGUGGCACCUCUAUUUCACAACCUUAAUAUACUAAACAGAUAAAGAUGUAGGAAAAAGGGAGAAACUGAUCUAAUUACUUUAAUUUUAUCCAGAAUUUUAUCUGGCCAUACUCUCCACUUUUUCUUUCCAAAAAUUACUGACGUCUCUAAUUUUAAUUGACUGAUGUCCGAGGGCCUCCAUAUUUAAUUGAUAUUGGACUUGAGAAUAUAAUUGGGCUUGUGUAAAAUUUGCACUACUCUUCCAAUUCCUUGCAAUGAUUAUUUUUGUUGCUGCUACAAAAUGGACGUAUAUAAAUUUAUCCUUGAAAAGGAGUGAUUGCAAAUUUAAGUGAAAUAAACCAUUAUGAUGACCCCUAGGGAUUUUUAAUUCUGUGAUAUUCUCCAAUGAAUCGAAAGCCAUAUACCACAGGAUUUUCACCUUACUGCACUCCCACCAUAUGUGUCCAAAGGUCCCCUCUUUUUCGUUACAUCUCCAACAAAUUGGAGAAUUGGAGAUAUACAUUUUGGCUAGUCUGGUAGGGACUAGAUACCAGCGGUUCAUUAAUUUAAAUAAUACUUCAAGAAGGUUCAGACAAUGGAUUAUCUUACUUGUUUGAUAUAGUACUUGAUCCCAUUCAGACUUAAGAAUCUGUACAUUUAACUCUUUACUCCAUUUUUGGAUAUUUACAUUUAAAUUUGGAGCUUCAAUUUGGAGGAGAGCAAUCCUUGCCUUUGAGACUAUUUGCGGUACGAUCUCAUUUUUUAAUAAAACUAUCAGGUUUUCUAUGCCCACUGUAGGUCGGUAUAGCAAAUAUUGUUUGAUAAAACUUCCAAUUCUUAAAUAAUUAUACCACUCCUUCCAGGGUAAUGAGAAUUCUUGUAUCAGAUUUUCAAAUGAUUUAAUUUUGUCACCCAUUAUUAUUUGAUUUAUAGAGUCAAUACCUUUCCUUGUCCAUUCUCCUAAAUUUAGAUCCUUCAUCCUUAGUUGGAUAAUACUAAGGUUAAAAUUUCCCAAUAUUUUAUUACAUAAACCACUAUUAAUCCUCAACUUUUCCCACUCCAUUAAUAUAGAUUUCAAACAUGUAUUGGAGGAACAGACCUUUUUGGUUCUUUCAUCUUGUUUAGUUAACCAAAUCAAAUGAAGUAAAUUUUCCAUUUCUGUCAUCUCCAAUUCUAGUUGGUACCAACCAACUUCCUCUGAACUUAAUAAUUGUGUCUUAUAUAUAUGGAACAUCAUAUUUGCUAGAUAAGUUAUAGUAACAUUUGGAAAAUGUAUCCCUCCUUUCCUAGUCUUCUGAAUCAAAAGUUGUUUAUUCAUCCUCGGCCUUUUUCCUUUCCAUAUAAAAUUAUUUAUAUCUCGUUGUAUCAUAGAUAACCAUGGUUGUGGCAUUCUCAAGGGGAUCAUACGGAAUAAAUAAGACCAUUUAGGUAGUAAAUACAAAUUAACCAAAUUAAUUCUGCCCCACCAAGACAGUUCAGUUUGUCUCCAUCUCUUUAAAGACUCAUGUGUCGAUCUAAAUGUUUUCAGAAAAUUUACUUGGAGCGUAUCUUUUACAUCAUCAGUGAGAAUUAUACCCAAAUACGUUAACAAAUUUUUAUUACAAUUACAUUUAUAUUUAUCUUUAAUCUGUUGAAUAGAAUCUCUGGAAAUAUUUAUUGCUAAAAAAGUGGAUUUAAUUACAUUUAUUUUAUAAUUUGAGAUCAGACUAUAUUUGUCUAUUUCUGCCAUCAGUGCUUUAAGCGAUUCGACAGGGUCGGUUAGGGUCAAUAUCAGAUCAUCUGCAUAUAGAUUUAAUUUAAAUUAUUUUUCUCUGAGUUUGAAUCCUUUAAUUUGAGGGUUAUCUCUUAUUUUAAUGGCUAAGAUCUCCAUUGUCAUUAUAUAUAAAAUCGGCGACAAAGGACAACCCUGUCUCGUACCAUUUUUAAGUGUAAACCACUCUGCGCAUAUGUUUGGGGCCACUGUUCUUGCUUUAGGACCUUCAUAUAAUGCCAGAAUAGCAUUUAGCAUCCUUCCCUGAAUUCCGAAUUUUUCCAGUGUUUUCCUUAAAAAAUCCCAACCGACCCUGUCGAAAGCUUUCUCGGCAUCGACCGCCAAUACAAAUAAAGUUUUGUUACUUCUUCUAGAUACAUCUAUCAGAUCCAAUAAUCUUCUAGAGUUAUCUACUGGAUCUCUACCUUGUACAAAACCGAUUUGGUCAUUUUUAAUUAUAUUAUCCAUUAAUCCUCUUAAUCUAUGGGCCAAAACUGAAGAAAAUUUUUUAACAUCUGUAUUGAUUAAGGAGAUAGGUCUAUAAUUUUCUACCUUUAGAGGAUCUUUGUUAUCUUUAAGAAUUGGAAGAAUAUUUGCACUCAACAUUUCUGUAGGGAAUUUACCAACUGAUACAAUUUCGUUAAACAUGUCUGUUAGGUGGGGGACAAUAAGUUUUUUAAAUGAUUUAUAAAAUAUAUUUGCGAAACCAUCUGGGCCUGGCGUCUUAUCUGGUUUUAAUUUAUUUAUUACUACCUCUACUUCCUGAGCUGUAAUUAAAGUAUUUAGCUUAUUAGUUUGUUCUAUUGUAAUCUUAGGAGUAUUAAUUUUACUCAGAUAGUCCUCCUCGUUGGUUAUCGAGGGAGUUAAAUUAUACAAAGCCUCAUAAUACUUAUUAAAUCUCUCCCCUAUUUUUUUUGGGUCCAGAUAUACCCCGUCUUCAUCCUCUAUCUUUACUAUUUUAUUGGAUCCAAUUGUAUCUCUUAAUUUUUUGGUCAUAAUUCUAUCUGCUCGAUUUCCCUUAUAGUAGUAAUUAGCUUUGAGUUUAUUCCUAAUUUUUACAUUCUUUGCUAUAAGAAAAUUAUUAAUUCUAUUCUGGAUACUUUUUAGCUCGUCUGCAUUUUCUUUAGAGGGAAACUGCUUGUUCUUACUUGCAGCCUUUUUCAGUUCUGUUUGUAAUACCAUAAAAGAUCUAUUAUUUUCUACUUUAUAUCUUGUUUGAAUACUUAUUAUAUUGCCUCUCAUGGUAGAUUUGAAAGCACACCAGUUAUUUGUAUAUGAGGUAUCAUUUGGAUCGUUUUCAAGAAAAAAGGUUACUAUUUGUUUUUCCAAUAUAUCAAGAUUGAUCUUAGAUUUUAACAAAUUAUCAUCCAUACGCCAGGUAUCACGACCAAUCCUGAUCCACUGAUUCUUCAUCUCCCACAUAUUAAUACUAUGGUCUGACCAAGUAUUAUCAAGUAUCUUAAAAUAUUUAAUAUUCGUCAAUGCUGUCAUAUUUCCCCAAACCAUAUCUAUUCAGGAAUACGAAAGAUGUACCCGUGAAAAAAACGUAUAUUCCAAUGAAUUAGGAUUGGUCGUUCUCCAAAGAUCAAAAUAAUCAAAAUUAAUCAUAUUUCUCUUAAUAGAUUUUGCCAAUUUAUCUGUUCUUUUUUGAUGUAAUAAUAUUGAAGAUGUCUUCUUAUCUAAUAUCGGAUCCAAUACACUAUUAAAGUCCCCAGCCACCAAACAUGUACCUAUUUUGACAGAUUCCAUUAAAGUUAAGACCUUUUUUAAGGUUGGAGCAGGAAAGUCAUUGGGCAGAUAUAUAUUAGUCAAUGUAUAAGGUAUCUCAUUCAAUUUACAACAAACUAUAACAUAUCUACCUUCCUUAUCUUUAAUUUGAUGAAUUAUAUCCACUUUUAAUGUGUGGGAAAAUACUAUUGCUACUCCUCUUUUUUUUUCUCCACUUAAAGAAGCAUGUAUCAUUAUAGGGAAUUUUGAACCACCCCAGCCCUGACUAUCCAUAUCCAACCAGUGAGUCUCUUGAAAAAAGCCCACUUCCACUUUAUUUCUUAACAUAUAAUCAUAGAUUAAAGAUUUUUUGAUUAAAGAAUUAAGGCCUUGGACAUUAACUGAAAUCAUCUUUACCAUUUUAAAUCAAAACUCAUUGUUUCCACUGACCCCAAGAGAGCUGCAAUGCAUUCACAUACAACACAAAAGGUCCAUUGAACAUAGACCCACAAAAACCUUAUGGGAAAAACACCCAGUCUGGCCCAACACAGCCUGGCUCCCGAAAGGUUUCCUCUCGGCAUACCACUCCAGGGCCAUCUGUGUCCUCGUGAGAUGGUGUUUAGAUUCACCAUAUCACGGAAUUUGUGUCAACAGAAGAGAUGACACUUGGUGGGGCGGUAUGAGAAGAGUAACUGAAAAUCUUAUUCCUUAUAUUUAAGGAAACUCUACUAUCUCAUAUAAUACACAGAGGAGAGAAAAAAAAAAAAGAAAAAAAGAAAAAUCUUAUUUACAACCUAGAUUCCCUGAUAGUUAUGAAUAUAUAAUCACUAACAAUUUAUGUAGUUCCAUUAUUUUAAAAGAUCUAUCCAAUUGGUUAUAGAAUAUCUGCCAUUCUUCUUAUAUAACUUACUAUUACCACCCAACCAAUUGUGUGUUUGUGUGACAAUAUAUACAAAUCUAUCUCUUAAGUAUAUCAAAUCCUACCAUGUGUUUUAAUCCUAUGAUAAUUAUUUAUAUAUUUUCGUGAAUAUUUUAUCUUCCUACUGUGUAUACAUAAUCCAUCCUUCCAUAGUUGAUUCUUUCCGUGAUUCUUAUUUAAAUUACCAGAAUCUCCUAACACUUUAUCAAUUUCUAAUUCUGUGUGUAAAAAUUGCAUCCCUUUACUGUAUUAAGACUAUCUAAUUUUAUAAAUUUACUCAAUCUAUUUGCAUAUUUUCUCCUUUGGAAUAUUAACACUUAACUUCCAUCUUAACAUGUGUAGAAAUAAACCCACCAUUCACUUAUUAUUAACACUUAUUCUUAACCUUUUGCCUAUCUUCAUCCUUUACGUGUUAGCUAUCUAUUAGCACCAAACCAGCCGAGAGAGAGAAAAAAAAAAAAAAAAAAAUUAUAUAUAAUUCUAAUUGUUCAUUUUCAUCCAGACAGCUGCGAACUACGAAGCAUCUUCAAUUUUUGAUUAUUAUUCCUGAAUCAUAUAGCACCCGCUAUAGAUUGUUCUUCCAUCCAUUUUCUCAAAGAAUCCAGAGUAGUAAAUUUUUCAUUUUUUUCUCUCCAGAAGAUCCUAAGGCAUUUAGGAAAUCCCCAUAUAUAUUUCACUUCUUUGGCUCUUAAUAUGGAUAGUUCCUGGCUAAAGCUUUUCCGCCAUGCUCUUGUAUGGAAAGAUAAGUCAGGGAAAAUCUUCAAGUUCUUAAAUCUCUCUUCUGUGACCGGAUUAUUUCUCACAGAACUCAUUAUUUGAUUUUUAAUAUAAAAAGAUUGAAAUUUAACAAUUACAUCUCUUGGUAAUGAUUCUGCCACAUUUCUAGGUCUAGGUAACCUGUGGUAUCUCUCUAAAUCUGAAUCUUGAAAACCAGCUUGAGAUAAUAUUGUUUCAAAGUAUUCCAUCAGAAAUUUUUUCAGUGAAGAAUCGUUAAUUUGUUCAGGAAUAUUACGGAUUCUUAUAUUGGUUCUCCUGGAACGAUCUUCCAAAUCAUUUAAUUUGUCCUCCAGUGAUUCUACCUUGGAUUGUAGGUCUGUCAUUACUGACUCUAUGUGCACAUUUUUUAAGUCUGUUUGCAUCAUCUUAGAUUCUAUAGAUUCCAAUUGGACUUUCAUAUCUCGUAUCUCUUAUUUUAAAUCUAAUGAUCCUUUUUGGAUAUCUUCUUUAAUAUUGUUCUGUAAUUUCUCCAGGUAAUUAAUUAAAAUCUCUUCAGUUAGAGGUUUACCUGCUUGUGCAAUAUGAGAGGGAUUAGAGUUAGAUUUGGGGGGAGGGGAGUUAUCCUGAGUUUCAGAAUUCAGUUGGAAUUUGUUUGGAGGCGGGGAGAAAUAUCCUGAUAACCUUUUAUCAGUGAUAGGGUCUUUUUUUUCUCUUUUUUUUCUUUCCUCCUGUGGCUUUCUGGUUGCCAUUUUAUUUUCUAUAAAAGGUCUUCUAUACUUGUUGCUCUUCCCUUUUCUUUCUUAUUAUUUUUCUCAAUUUCUUAUCCUUUUAUUUUCUCCUCAAACUUCACCUUACCCUCUUUUUUUUGGGAAACUCUUUUUCUUUAUUUUUAAUCUUUUUCUCCUUUUUCCCACUCUUUUCUUCUCAUUUCUUCAUUUUUUUUUUUUUUUGACUGCCAAGCCACAAAACUUAUCCACAAUAUUUGUAAUUCGAUUAUUCGAUAAUUUUUUGAGGCUUCACUCCUCAGCUUUCCCCCCCCCUCCUAAAAGUUCGCAGAGAAAAAAAAAUAAAAAAAAUUAUUUACAAUAUUUACAGUAGUUUCUGUUUUCUAUUUUCCACUCUCAACCCCCUUCUCUCUAUCACCCUCUCAAAUGCAGUGUUACUCUGUUCGUUUUAAUUAUGUCAGUAGAACAUGAAAGCAGACUUAUCUUUUCAAGCCUACAUGCCCGGCUUAUAUGUCGAGAGGAACUUCUCUUCACACCGGACCGCCAGUGCAACUCCGAAUGACCCACACAAUCUGCUACAGAGAGAGUUGAAGUCCGAGGUUUCAUCCACCCGGUUCAGCUCCGGCUCUCGGUCACUCACUCCACGCUCACUCGACCCGCCAGAAAAAAACGCCGCCGGCCACUCUCCACCAUACCGCCCCUCCCCUCACGUAGACGCGCACCCGCCUACGUCAUCACGGCCGUCCAGGGUUUCUUGGUGAGUAUUUGGGUAGACGGUGAUGAUGACCGGCCUGGUGGUCUCGUGGUGCAGCACCGCGAAUUGCGUGCGUGUAGAGAGGCCUCUGUGCUCUAGAUUUCUUUCUCGGGGUGCAGUGAGGAGUGCGGGUGUUGGCAGGCUGAGGUUGGUCUGGUGAGUGAGGCCGGGUCAGGUCCUGAGUGGCCUUCCACCUGUUGUGUUGCCUCCGCUUUCCCCUCCAGCCUCCGUGUGGCUUGCUUAAGGUCUGCCUGGCCUAGAUUCUUGUCCGUCGGUAUGUUGCUUUGGGUUGGUGCUGCAGUGGCACACUGUACUUCGCUCUGUAGGGUUAUUUCUCGGUAUUUGGUCCAGAAUGCAUUAAAGGCCUUGGCAAUACCGUUCUCUCCGGUGGCCCACAUCUUGGGGGUUUGGAGUGAAAUGGGCCUCGGUACGGCGGCCAUCUUGGCCCCCUCCAUGUGGGAAUCCUGCUCUGCUGGGCCCCUCUUGCUAGAAUGUAUGUGCCUUAUGGGGGACCAGGAUGAGCCCCGCUGGUCCAUAGAGGGGAGGGUGGGAGUGAUUGUGGGCUCCGUGGUCGGCGUGAGUGCAAGGAGAGCGCCCCCCCCGCCUCGGCCUACCGUUGGCCGCAUGUUUUCACCAUCGUGUAGUUGCUGACCGUCGGCGGAUUUACCGCAUAUAUAUAUAUAUAUAUAUAUGUAUAUAUAUAUAUAUUUUUUGUGUUUUUAUAUGAUAAUGUUUGACAAUACCACCGCAGGAAGAAUAUGGCCAAUGAUAGAAAUACUCUAGACAUGUGCGGGGAAGGCAAAUGUGGUUAAUCCAAAUAGUUUUGUCAGAAAAUGAAAACCUAUUGGGAAAUGUAUCUGUGCCUAGGUUCCGUUCGUCCGAAUUUGAUUUGAAUAUUUUCAUUGCAAAUGAAGUUUGGAUAAGCACAUUUAUUUUUUAAGGUCCCUCUCAUUGCUGGUGAGUGAAAGGGUUAAAAUGGAAGGGUCAAAGAGCAGAGCUGUCUUUCUUCAACCUUCCCCGAGAGUUACAUUAACAAAUAAAAGCCCAUGGGGUUCAAUAUGAUUCCCCUAAUAGUAUAAGGCAGGUUUAAAACUCCCUCAUUACAUUCCUUCUCUGCCGAGAAGCAUGUCUACUAGACAUUAAGCAGUCAGUGGCUUACACAAUGAAUCAUAAAGUUGGAGGCUUAAGGUCCCCUCAAUUCCCUCAUCUAUGGCCAGUGGGUGGGGGUUAUUAAAUAAAAUGAAUAAGAAAGGGAACUUAUCACACAAAAGACCUAAUGUCCCCUAAACCUUCACCCAUGGGCAUUGGGUGGGGCUAUUAAAUAAAGAAAGGUUAACCUGUGGGGGAUCUAAGGUCCCCACACCCCUGAACAAUGAAGUGGGGGCUAAUAAUAUUUAAGGGAAUGGGCACACUGUUGUCCACACCCCACUGAAAUUUUGUCCAAUUAAAAAUUGUAAAACCACCUGGUGACUAGAGUGCCUAAGCUCCAUGAAAUCUCCCAAUAAAAAAAAUAACUGAUUACCCCCUCCCUUAAUAAAAUGUAGAAGGGCCAAACAAACUGAUUUCAUGUUAAAAAAAAAUCAUAUUUACCAUCAGAAGUCUUCUUUCUUUUUAAAGAUUUUUUUCCUUAGCCCUAAAAUAGCCAAAUAAAAAAAAAACAUUAAAAUCCCUUUGCAACUUUUAAAAUAAAAGAGGACAAAUCACAAAAAAAUCUCCCCUCCCCCUCACAACACUUAAAAAUAGAUCCUAGUUUGCCCAUCAAGUGCUCUGCACAAGCUGAGGUUGCAUAGUGGGAAAAACGCUAAGGGAUUCUCCCCACCAUGCACGUUUAGACAGAGCAGUCAGAUUGGUUGCUUGUAAGCCAACCAAUCACAGCGCUCUGACAGGCAGGUCAAUAUGAAAAUGUCCAAAAACAAAUGCCCAAGUGUAAAAUGCUUCUUUCUCUUUGAGUUUUCAUAGACAUAAUAACUUGUUUUGUGUCUGUAUGUGUAGGAGAUUAGGAAUAAGUCUGAAGCAUACAAUAAAUAAAAAAAUAUAUAAAUGCAGAAGUCAAUAUUUAUUGUUUUUACCUAAAACUGUUUAUCAAAAACUUACAAUGUUUUUGAAUAAAUGACCAAUCAAAAUCUGUUCAUAUUGGAUCCAAAAACAGCAUUACAGUCAAAGUUAAGACUUUUUAAAAAUAGCAAAAUGAUAAUUCCUCUGAUUUCUUCAUUUAAAGGUUUAUUUCCUGUCCCUAGAUUACCUUCUUCCUCUCCUUCCUUUUCUCAACACCUGUUAUUGAAAUUGUUGAUAUUGUUGACAAUGGAAAAAUUCUAUAAAGAAUGAAAACAUUAAUAUCAAAGGGAUAAUCAGUUGUGUGUCGAAGACCACCUAGCAAAUUUCAUAUGUCAAAGAAUAUCUAUUGGACAAACAAUUUAAAAAACAAAAUACAAUUUGUUCACAGUAAAAUGUAUUAAGGAUUUGAUUCAAUAAAUGUUAAGUUUGAAUGUUGUACUUUAGUUGCCAUAAUUGUUGAGUAAAAACACAAUUACAUAGUUAUAUAGUAAACUAGGCUAAACAAACAAGAUUAACAUUGGUCAAAUUCAGAUAUUCAUGCAUCUGUAUUACUGCUCUUGAAAAAAAAAAGUUUGUGGUUAUUUUUUAUUUUGCGACAAUUUUUGGAAAAAUCCUUCUAUACCAGGGGUCCAAAAGGUAAAACCCCAGAUGUUGUAGAGCUACAACACCCAUGAUGCUUUGCAUGUCUUUAAAAUGACAAAGCAUCAUGGAAGCUGUAGUUUUAGAAUAUCUGGGGAUCUACCUAUUGGGCACCCCUAGACUUUAAAAUAGCUGUUUCCCCAACAUAAAAACCAUUAAAGCCAUUCAUUUUCUAGUUUUCCCCCAAAACUUCUAGUCAUUGUUUAAAAGGUCUGAUAAAAUAAAACUUCUUUAGGCACUAUUCUUAUCUAAUGAUUUUACUUGUUUUCCUAUAUUUUAGGCCAAUUUGAAAUGUGUUCAAACCGGGUUAUUCACUAAAGUGAGAAUUCAGAGUGAAUUCAAAGUAAAUUUCAAAUUAAAAGUCAAAAUAGCACACUAAAUAAAUAGCCUGCUUAAAUUGUAUAAAACAUAGAAUCUUCAAAUGUUGUUCUGCAAAAAAUAAAAUAAACACAUAUAGUGCAGACCAUCUGGUUAAGCUUAUAUAUACAAUAUAAAGUACAAGGAGUAUCUAGGAUCAAACCAAAAGUUACCAGAGCCUAAUCACCCCUGGCUCUGGGUUUGAAAAAUGCAGCUUGAGAGGUAUACAACAGGAUAAUUAGACAGGAUAGAUAUUCUCAACUCUCAGGUGUGUUCAACCAAACAGGUUCUCCUAUAUAAGUAGUAGACAAGGAGAGAGGCCAGGACCCAAAUAGAGCAGUAUCCAAAUCAUUAUUAUAAUAAAAAGAGUUUUUAACCUUUUUUUUUUUAAAUAAUAAAGAUCUAAAGAUUCUAUGUAUUACACAAUUUAGGCAUGCUGUUUAUUGGUAUACUGACACAAUUAAGAAUGUACCUACAGACCCAGUCUGUAGGUCAGUUAAAGCGACAAUAGGGUAAUCAAGUCAGGAGGUCAAUAUCGUGAAUUAGUCCUUAGAAAUAACCAAAUCAGAAUCCCAAAGGGGAUAAUCCAAAGGAAAUCCAUACAUACAAAUAACGAGAGGUCAGUCCCAGAGGUGUCAAUCUGAAUCAGUGGUUAAAGUCGUAGCCAGCAGUCAAAGUGCCAGUAUAUAAAUCAGAGAAGAAAUGAGGGAAUGGAGUGAGUCAGAGAUGCAGUGUUAUUACCAAAAGUGUGUGAGUGACGAAAGGAACAUGAGAUUUAAGUAUGAGCUUAAGGUGGAUUGGUAAGGACUUUUGGAUGAGCUACCUGUUUGAGAGGUGGGACCUGAAGUAGAAAGUCCUGCAUUAAAGAAAGGUUAUAAAUGCAGAGCAUCAACAUUGUUGUGAAUACAAAAUCAGUGCAAAACAUAUUGGUGGUGAAGGUUUAACCCCUUAAGGACACAUGGCAUGUGUGACAUGUCAUGAUUCCCUUUUAUUCCAGAUGUUUGGUCCUUAAGGGGUUAAAUAGAAAGAUGAUAUGCGACUCCACCAGGAUCUCUUAAAGGCAUAUGCAAAAAAAAAAAAAAUCAUAUUGUAUUGUGCCAUCUUACUUUUUACUCUACCAUUGACAGAAUCUCCUUUUUUUCAAGUCUAAAUGGAGAGUUGUUUAUACUGGCCCUGUUGUUUUGUAUUUAAAGUAAACAAAUUCAAGUUUUAUAGCAUUUCUUUAUAACUAAUAUCUUACAUUCAUUUUUUUUGUUUAAUAAUAUGUUUUAUUGAGAGUAUAUUGCAUGGGGAUUAUGAUUCAAAUUCCAUCAGUACAUCAGAAUCAAAUAAUACUUAUGCAGUAGUAAUACAAUAUAAUUCACUUUAGAAAACAUUCUUGUUUCAAGUUUAUACCAAAUAAUGAAAAGGGGGGGGGGGGAGUAGACUAGUCAAGGGAAACUGUGGUGAAGUUAGGUUGUUUUGGGGUGAUAGAAGAGACAAAGAGACCUUCCUCCGCUACCAGAGGGAGAGGGAUGGUAUAUUCCAUCACAACAUCACUUAAGUUCUUUAAACGUUACGUUCAUUACCUAUCUCCAAAAUUGGAAAAUCUUGGAAGGGUAGAUUUUUGGAGACAAGGUCAGGAACAGAACAACAGUUAAUUAUGUUAAAAUUGGUAAAGGCAUGUGGCUCGUCACCCCCUCAGAGGAAUACCAAGCUGUGUAUUCUAUCAUGGUGCAUACUAUAUUUUGAAAUGGGAGAUCUAAAGUCAAUAUGUAUUUUUUUAUUCAAAUUUGGAGAAAAGGUUUUUCCAUUAUUUCCUUAUUUAUUAAUGUGUUAAUCCAAUCCAUUCCAAUUAAAUGUUGUAAUUUUGUCAGAAAGAGAGACAAAGAGAGAUGGUAUUGUUGGCUUUAGACCUGCAAUAUUGCAUUGCAGUAUCUAUAGUACUAAAUAUUUUAGUCAAGUGUGUAUUCAAAUGACGUUGGAUUUCCUUCAAGAAAUACCCAAUUAUCGGUCAAUCCCAAAAAACAAUGAUACAUGUCUGCGUGGUCAGCUGGACAUUUAGAGUAUUUUAUGUCAGAUUUUCUAUUCAUUAUGCAUAGUCCAAUAGGAGUACAACAAUACACAUAAUGAAACAAUUUUGCAGUCAUUUGCUGGAUGAACUCCUAGUUCCAUUAACUAUAUUAAAGGGAAUCCGUUUUCCUGGCACUGUAGGUCCCCUCUCCCUCCCAUCACCCAUCCCCGGUUGCUGAAGGGGUGAAAACCCCUUCAGUGACACACCUGAGACCCCCGCCGAUGUCCCUCGGCGGUGGUUCCGGGUCACCGCCGCUCCUCCCCUUCCUCACGUCAGCCGGCGGGAAAGACUGCCGUCUGAGGAGAAAAAAUAAUAAUGAAACAAUUUUGCAGUCAUUUGCUGGAUGAACUCCUAGUUCCAUUAACUAUAUUAAAGGGAAUCCGUUUUCCUGGCACUGUAGGUCCCCUCUUCCUCCCAUCACCCAUCCCCGGUUGCUGAAGGGGUGAAAACCCCUUCAGUGACACACCUGAGACCCCCGCCGAUGUCCCUCGGCGGUGGUUCCGGGUCACCGCCGCUCCUCCCCUUCCUCACGUCAGCCGGCGGGAAAGACUGCCAUCUGAGGAGAAAAAAUUAGCAUGCGCGGCAAUGCCCCGUAUGCGCAUUAGAGCUCUCCAUAGGAAAGCAUUGAAAGUGCUUUUCAAUGCUUUCCUAUGGGGAAUUUAGUGACGCUCUAGCACAGAAAACCUGUGCUAUGAAGCAGGAAGUGCCCUCUAGUGGCUAUCUAGUAGACAGCCACUAGAGGAGGAGUUAACCCUGCAAGGUAAUUAUUGCAGUUUUUGAAAACUGCAAUAAUUACAGUUGCAGGGUUAAGGGUAGUGGAAGUUGGCACCCAGACCACUCCAAUGGGCAGAAGUGGUCUGGGUGCCUGGAGUGUCCCUUUAAUUUUAAAACCUGCUUCUGCACUAUUUUUAUUUUUUCAUAGUAAACAAGUGCUGAACAUUGCCCCAUGUAUGCCAGAUUGGGCCAUAAGUUUGGUUUAUAACUAAACUUUUACCUAACAUUGUAGAUAGUUGCCUGUAGAUAACUAUUUUCCAAUUCCAAGUUAUGUUUUGCUCAGACUGUACUAUCUUAUCUAAUUUUGUGUUUUUUUGCAAACUGUGACAUGCCACUUUGAUUGCCAAUUGCAAGAUUAUUAAUAAUCAGGUUGAAGAGAAUUGGAUCCAAAACAGAACCUUAAGGGGCACUUACCACCUUUGGUCAACUUGAAAUUUUUCCAUGAACAACUACUCUCUACACACUUUUCUCUCCAAGGUUUAGUUUUAAUUUAGGCCUGCUCAUUAACAUUUUUCUUAUUUAUUACCUAGAAGUAUAUGCUGUAAAGUGUACUUUUAUAAUAUUUUUUCAAAAAUAUUCAGUUUGUCUUUAAUAGUUUUUUUUCUUGGAGAAGAGUUUCUGCCAGUCAUUGAGAUGUAAAACUACACUUAAAGGGACACUAUAGUCACCAGAACAACUACAGCUUAUUGUAUUUGUUCUUGUGAGUAUAAUCAUUUGCUUUUUGCAGUAAACACUGUUUUUACAGAGGAAAGGCAGUGUUUACAUAACAGCCUAGGUAUACCUCCACUGGCACUCCUCAGAUUCCUAGUGGUGAGAACAAAUGCAGAGCUUCACUGAGUAUGAGUUGUGAGGUGAGGCCUGAAGAACAGAGAUGGAACAGUUAUAUGAAGUUAUUUACAGCCUGGAGGAGCAUAUGAGAGAGGGAGGGGGGGGAUGGGCUAAAGCUGCCAUGAGUUGUAUACAAUUGAAAAGUUUAGCAACCAAAUUCUAUCACCCAAAAUAUUAAUAACUGUGUACAUGAAAUAUUGGUCAGAAACAUUAAAUGACAAUGGAAAAACUACAUGCACAGAAAAUUACGGUGGCUAACUACAUGUAUAAAUGGUAACAAUUAUAUAGUAACACAUGAUAAGAUAGUAGCAAUGUAAGAAUAAAUGAGGUGAAAUAUCUUCCAAGCUUCAGUCGGUACCUUGGAGUACCUUCUAUUGUAACUAGUAAAAAGUAUCUGUCUAAUGGGCAUUGGGGGAAGUCCUUUACCUGUUCCACCAACUUUGCCUUCAGUAUCGUCUUUACCGUGUUGUGGCUGUCCACACUUCCAGAGUUGGCGUUCUGGUCUCUGCUAUAUCUGUGUGUUAAAAAUGCACUGCUGUGUCCAGUGCUUAGUUAUUCUGAAACAUUGGCUAAGGUUACCUGGCAUACUUCUUCUUUCGUUCCUGACAUGAAACCAUACCUUGCUCCUGCAACUGUUCCUGAAUACGUGUUCCAUCAUUGGAUCUCCUAGCUACUUGACUUCAAUAAUUCAUAUACCCUUGCUGCCUUCCCUGACCUCCGACUGUAUAACCUCACCUUCAUUUUGGACACCUCGCUUGGACUUUAUUACAUUAAUAAAGUUCCAGUGCCAAUACAGAUCUCCUAGGAUCCUGUCCUCACUUCCAGGUUCCCCUAAAGGUCAUGCUUGAUAAGUUGUACUGUAUAUUGGGUUCCAGCUUCUUAUUGGCCUACCAGGUUAGUGACACAAUCUACCCUUGACUUACAUUAGUGGUAAGGCUUAUGUUUGCUGAAAUAUAUGAUGUAUUGUAUAUUGAAUUAAUAAUAGAAUCCAAGAAGAAAAAUACAACAAAUAUGUAUUUUCUCCAAAAUGCCAUCUUAAAGACGUGACUUUUUUUACUGCAUGUAAGGUCACACUUGAUUUCCACGAGUUGCCGUUCACCCUGCAGCAAUUUAGAGUAGAAGAUGUUUGCUUUAUGAAUACAGGUGUUGCCAUGGCAACACUGCAGUUUUGCACAAUGGCAGCUGUAAUACUUAUACUAUUUCAAUCCAUAAUGAGUUUAUGAAUAUUAGGUGUCAUAUAGGUUGGGAGUAGGAAUUGUUGAUGAUUGACAUAUGGUGGGUUGUUUUCUAAGCAGAACCACAAGUCAUACUGUCAGUAUACAAAAUUACAGCGGGUUAUUUAGCCCUCUAGCCUACAUGUACUCAUGACUGUAAAAAUAUGUAUGCAUUAAUUGGUUCUUGAAAUACACAAAGCUGCCUUAAUAGAGAAACUGUCAAAUAAAUUCUUUAUAUGGCUUAUUGUGGUACAUAUCGGGAAAUGUGUAACACCAACAAUACCAAACACAAAAAAUCUCAUCAGAAUUGAUUUCAGUUGACUUUAAUGACAAAACUAUGGUAUAUAACCAUGCAUAAAUUCAGCUUAUAUGUUUAUUGCACGUUUUUAUAUCACAUAAUAUCUUAUAUCACAAAACUGCACUACAUUGGUUGCAUGUGUUCGAUAAUAGAAUGCAUAAUGUUUGAUCGUGGGGAAUGUGUCCAAAAGCUACACCAUCUAAACAGUGCCUGGAACUGGGAUACCACACUAGCAAAACAAUUUGAAGCACAUAAAGCAAAAUGUAGUUUAUGGUAAAAUAUUUGAAUUUCAUUCUAUAUAAUAAUUAUAAUUAUGUAAUUGAAUUUAGUUCAAAUUAUAUGUUAGAACGUGAUAUUUCCAUCUUGGGCAAAAGUUAUACUUUGGACAGAUUAUAAACCACAAUUAUCAUAAAAUAGUAAAUGUGUGCAUGUUUACUGUAAAUAGGUGUCAAGUGAAUACGGCUACAUUAGACUAAAAUCCUCUAUGAAACUAUCUUAAACUAUAAGUCAUUUACAUAGAUAACAAGCUACGUGUGACCAGCCAUCCUAACCAUUGUCUUGAUGGUUACAGCUGAUUCUACACAUAGAAAAACUGUUCCAAUAAGAGGCAGGUAAAGCUAUAUCCUCUUGUCCUUUUAAAACACUACUUUGAUAAAAGCACUGCAAUGCAGCAACCAGUAUACAUCAUCAUGUAUUAUACAGAGUAGAACAGAUAUUUCGAAAUAAAGACUCUUUGAUUGUUAGAAUUUGCAUAUUUUUAUGGUACAGAAUGUUACACUAUUAUUGAUCAAGUUACAAUAAAAACUGCAGAAAUAAGAAACACAUAAACACAAAAUGCUUAGAUAAACACUUUUACAUUGACUUGCUGUUUUUCCAUUGUGUUCUAUACAGAUUUGGUUUCCAUUUGUGCUUAAUAAAAACUCAGUCAAAACUUGCCAGCUGUGUUUUUUCAAACACAAAUUCGAUCUCUAACCAUAUUUAUGAAUUUCAGGAAGAUCUUGGAUGGUUAGGGACCCUUAUUGGUUGAACUGAGUUCACGCUAAGAUCUAAUCAUUGUGACGAUUUGAUGAACACAAGUUUCCAAAGUCUGCUGGCAGAGACAUUUGGCUUGGAUAUUACAUUGUUCAAUAAUACACAGGAUCAUUAAAUGUAUUAAAUACUAAGGAUUUGGAGAAGAAACCCCAAUCAGCCUAUUUUAUAGAAGGAUUUACAAGAACUGUUGUGUUUAUUCACUCUGUGACCUGAUGAAAUCAUAUACAGGCCUAUUUAAGAAACGCAAAUUGCCUUCAGCUGAGAACUCACUUGGAAAGUGUAUUGUGAUGAGAGACACAUUUUUACAAGUGUUAACUCUGUUAAAAAAUUGAAAAUGUUGCCAAAUGAGCCAUCAUAAAUUUUACAUGGUGUCAAUGCACCAAACUUGCUGUUUAGUGAAUAGCCUCUUUUGAUUGACUCCUAGAUCUAUAUUUAUUUUUAUUUAUUUUUUACAAAUUCUUCAACAGCUUCACAUUGUUUCAACCUUAACCUUAUGAUGUCCAUCAAAAUUAUAUAUCUAUAGUAGGCAAGUCAAACUCGUUUCCCAAGCCGUGUUCACAUAUAACGCUAAAUAAAAUUAGAUGAGAUCUGCAAAGCAUUCCUGACAUUUUCAGAUUUCAUCUUUCAAGCUUGCAAGCAGCAAUGGAAGAUUUUUAAGCAUUUGAAAAAUAUUGAAUGAUGGGAGCCACAAACUCAUAAAGUUUAAUGAAAAUGAUUUUCUUUUAUCAUAUCUAGGUUGUGCUUUGUUCUCGCAAGAUGGCUUGUAUUAUUAUGGUUGGUAGAAGCAAUUCUUAAUUUCAAAGAGAAACCUUAUAUAUUGUCCCCAUAGAAAUUAUAGCUGUAUAGCUGAAAUGAAAGUAUUUUCUAUAGAUUUAUUUAUAUAUUUAUUUAUAAAGUGUUUUCAUUUUUAAGCAAGUCCUGUGGCUGCUGUGUGCUUAACAAACAUGAAACAAAGCUGAAAUGUCAAUCAGCAGCUGCUAAGGCCAGUAAGGUAUUGUCAUGUAUAAAAGUGAACAUUCAUUCUCAAGUUGAAAAAAUAAUUUUGCUUCUUUCUUAAACAAUGGUAAGAUCACACCUUGAAUAUGCUGUGCAAUUUUAGGCACUUGUUCUAAAGAAGGAUAUUAUGGUACAAGAAAAAGUAUAGAGACAGGCUAAAAAAUUAAUAAAAGAAAUGGAAAGUUUUAGUAUAGUUAGAAAGGUUAAAGGACCACUAUAGUGCCAGGAAAACAUACUAUGACAGCAUUAUACAAAUAUAUUCAGGGCCAAUGCAAACCAUUGUCUGAAAAUCUAUUCAUAGACAAGACUUUAUAUAGAACACAAGAUCAUGUAUUUAGACUGGAAGAAAUUAGACUUAGUCUAAGGCAAAAAUAUAUUUUUUACAGAAAGAACAAUAAGGAUGUGGAAUUCUCUGACUGAAGUAGUGGUUUUAUCAGAGUCUGUACAGAUGCUUAAACAGCAACUGGAUGAAUACUUGCAAAACCACAUUGUUCAGGGAUAUCAUGUUUAAUACAUGAGGUAACGGCUUCUUGAUCCAAUGAGAGAUCUGACUGCCAUUCGGGAGUCAAGAUUAAAUUUUUAACUAGUUUGUUGCAAAUUUGGAAAGGGCUUUAACGCCUUCGUGACCACGGAUGUACCAGGUAAGUCCGACAAAAAAUUGUCGUUAACGAUCUCAGACGUACCUGGUUAGUCCGCGGCAAAUGUGAAUGAUCGUGAUCGCUUCAAGCCGCCCUACCGGUAUUACAGCAUCCUGCAAUGCCUUCCCCAUACCUGCCCCAUGUGGUGCCUGGCAGUGUUGCAUAGCAUCGGAAGCCAUCGGGCAGGCUUCCGAUACUCUGCCUGUGUGCUAAGUGCCUUGAGGGGUCGAGGCACUCAGUGUAGAUUAAUUAAUUAAAAAAAAUAUAUACGUAUUAGUCCCCCCCCUGGACCAUAUAUAAAUAAAUAAAUAUAGUACAAAAUAUAAAUAUGUCCAUAUACAUAAUUACAUAAAUAAUUUCAUAAAUAUACACGUAGACUUCAAAUAUAUACAUAUGUUUAUAUAUUUAAAUUCUAUGUGCAUAUUUAUGUAAUAUUUUUACAUAAUUAAGUAAUUUUAUUGAUUGCAAUUUGGGGGACCUGCCUGACAACCCAGGCCAAAAGUCCAGAGAAUUUAAUUUUCUAGCACUAUAUUUAACCCUGUAAUUUCCCAAGACACCCUAAAACCUGUACAUGGGGGUACUGUUUUACUCAGUAGACUUUGCUGAACACAAAUAUUAGUAUUUCGAAAGAGUAAAACAUAUCACCACGAUGAUAUUGUAAUGAAAAUCAAAUUAUUUGCAUUUUCACACACAAACGGCACUUUCACUGAUGAGAUCAUUGUUGUGAUACAUUUUACUGUUUUGAAACACUAAUAUUUGUGUUCAGCAAAGUCUCCCGAGUAUAACAGUACCCCCAAUGUAGAGGUUUUAUAGUGUUUUUGAAAGCUACAAAUAUAAGGCUUGAUUUUCUGUUUUUCCACAUUUAAAUUUGACAGAUUGGUUAUGUUGUCUUUGAGAGCGUAUGGUAGCCCAGGAAUGAGAAUGAGAAUUACCCCCAUGAUGUCAUGCCAUUUGCAAAAGAAGACAACCCAAGGUAUUGCAAAUGGGUUAUGUUCAGUCUUUUUUAGUAGCCACUUAGUCACAAACACUGGCCAUUUUUUUUUUUUUUGCAUUUUUAACACACAAACAAAUAUUAAUGCUAACUUUCGCCAGUGUUUGUAAAUAAGUGGCUGCUAAAAACACUGGACAUAACCCAUAUAGAAUACCCUGGGUUGUCUACUUUUAAAAAAAUAUGUACACAUGAGGUGUGAUUCAGAGAUUUAUGACAGAUAACAGUGUUACAAUGUCACUAUUGAUAAAUUUAAAAAAUAUAUAUUUUGAAACAGCAAUGUCCUACUUGUACUAAUAGCCCUAUAACGUGCAAAAAAAAGUAGAUGUGAUACAGGUUUUGGGGGUUAAAGUUAGAAAAGUGUGUUUUUAAAUAUUUUCAUCAUAUUUUGUAAUUUUUCUUACAGUAAAUUAUAUGAUAUGAUGAAAAUAAUGGUAUCUUUAGAAUAAAACAUUUAAUGGCGAGAAAAACAGUAUAUAAUAUGUGUGGGUAUAGUAAAUGAAUAAGAGGAAAAUUACAGCUAAACACAAACACUGCAGAAAUGUAUAAUAGCCCUGGUAAGAAAAUUUAAAAAUGGUCUGGUCACUAAGGGAUUAAACAGCAAAAACAGAUGUGAGAAAGGCUGAACUGAACUGUAUGAACACAUGUCUCUUUUCAGCUAUAUAACUAUAUAAUCAUUGAUAUUUGUUACAGGUUUGGUUAGACACAGAAAAUGUAGUUUUUUUUUCAGACAAUGUAGGCUUGUGAAAGAUUUUAUAUUUUCAGGUAAGUUAUCUCACAGGUGCAAACAUCUAUAUCAUAAGGUUAUAUGAUCUUAGUGUAUUUGGGAAUGGAGGGUAAGAUGUUGACAUUCAGCCAUAGGGGCUGUGUAGGAGCAAAAUUCUACAUGUUACUUGUGCAGUGUAUUUACAGAAUUGGUUAUAAACCACAAGAUAUUGGAGUUUUUAUGUUUUUAUUUGUAUUUUUCAAUGUACCAUAACUGGAAUUCCUAAUACCCUAUUAUUACUUUAUUAUUAAUCUGGUAAGUAUGUUCUGUAGGACUUUGAAUGGAAGUAAUUUUUUCUCAAUUUAUCAGGAAUCAAUUUGAUUCAGGGUUAGAUGCAAGUAAUAAUUGUAGAGCAAAAUUGUAAAAGUUGUGCAAUCACCAUGGGAACCAGACAUAUGGUGGUUACUCUUCUUUUACAAUUUACUGCAGAACUGUAUUUUUCUACAUAACUUCCGAUAUAAUCUUAUUUAUUGCUUUGUUAAUGUAUUAGGGUCCCCAGGACCUAGCUCGAGGUUUUCUAGGUUACUGUAACGUUCUGCCGCUGAACUGUUUCAGCCGUAUAUAUAAAAAGACAAAUUCACAACCUGGCCUAUAAGACCAUUUCUUAUUUUAAUUUGUUCUAAUGUUAUACUAUACAUUUAUAAAUUUAAUUUAAUGCCCUACAUAUUCACCAACAGUUUAGAAUGACAAAAGGAUAAUCACCUUUAACUUUGCAAUGAUACAAACAUUUGUUAGUCCACGCCACAUAUUCCUGUGACAGAAGAGUGAAACUUAGUAUAUCUCUCGCAAUGUCACUUACUCUAGACUUGGCAAUUUCAUUUAAUUAAUUGGAAAUAGACUGUCUCAACCAAUAUCAUACGAGUAGCUAUGCAUUGACUAUAGAAGAUAAAGCAAAAAAAUUCUCAAAAUAUGGUGAUUCAUUGAGGCAAAUGAAAUAUAAUUGAGGUAGGCAUGCAUUCAGUGCAUAUUGGAAGCAUAAAUACACUGAGAGUUCAUGCAGAAAAUUGUAAGAUAUUCAAGGACGUUCAAACACCUUGGAGGUAGGGGAGAAUUUAAUGGCAAAGCGGAAUCCUUGCUUACAGGCUUGCAAUUUUAAUUAUUUAUUAUACAUAAUUACCAUAUCUUUGAUUCUUAAAGGUAGAACCUUUUAAUAUGUCAUUUAUUCAUCUUUCUAAUAAUAUUGUUUGGUGUUUUUGUAUCUAAUUUUUUUGAGCAAGUCGACUGCACAAUAUAUUGCUUUUUUAUGAAGGGGCUCUUAGUAUAGGUGCAUCUUGAAAGCUAUUUCAUAAGAGUUAGGGCAUAAAGAUGAAUGAAUCUGCCAAGGAUUGUUUAAUUCUAAGGCCCAUAAAAAGUCAAUUUUCAACAACCUACAAUUAUUAAUCAGGUUGCCUUUCCACGCCAUUCGUUUUGCUAUUUAAAAAGGUGUGAAAAUAAAACUUGCUGAUUGAUUUUGGUAAUAGGAUAGGUUUAUGGUGGCAUAAGGUGGCAUGCUAUAUGGAGAGUGAGAUGAACAAGAAUAGCUAAGGGAGAGAGGUGGGAUGCGGAAAGAGAGAGCGAUGUAAUACAGUAGCUGCAGAUCAGCUGUGUUCAUGAAUUGAGCCAGGAUAGUCUGCGUAGGAGAAAGCUUUAAAGAUAGGAAUGAUUUACGCAAACUACAUACCUGCUAAGGAAUAUUGUCAUUGUGAUAACAUCACAUACACUUUAAAAAGCCAUUUUUCAGAAAUUCAAUGUAAGGGAAAACAAAAACUUUAAAAUGGCAUCUCUUCGUCAGAAGAAGAAGAAUCAGGGAGUCCUAUGUGGAUAUGCUAAAACAGAAAUUUUAUAAAAUUGACAAGUAGAAUGCAGGUUUUGGCCAAUAGAGCUGAGCUGGAGAAGAAAUGUUGUGUUGUGAUAUAUAUAUAUAUAUAUAUAUAUAUAUAUGUUUGUUUGUUUUUUAAUACAAUUUGACUUAUUUAGCCUAUACUUGCAAAUCCCUGUUAAAUCCCAUGUUAAUUCUACUAAAUACUAUCUGUAUUUCAAUGGCCACUAGGCAUGUAAUCAAUAUGUGAUUUGCAAAACUAAUAGAGUUUCUUUAAUUUCCUAUAAAUUGUUAGAAAUCGUGGGCAAAAAUAGCUGAGCUUUGUAUAAAGGGAAAUGUGAAAUACAAAAAGAUCUCUCUCUCAAAAAAUAAAUUAAAUGAAAAUAAGAAGAAAUAAAAGAAAGUCUAACUUGUAUUUACUUUUUUUUAAUUUGAAUUAAUGUAUUAUGUAGCAUUAUUUCCUUUAGACUCUUUGGUUCAGGAUUCAGAUGCAGAUAAGCAUUUGGGAUUCUAUCUAGGGACACUGCUAAUUAAAUUUCAGUUUUUUUUAAACUUUAUUAUCAGUUCUACAAAGACGUACCACUUGAAAAAUAGCUGAGUCGUAAUAAAAACUUUCCAUCUUGGCCAAGUUAGAGAUUUUUUUCAAAUCAGCUAGUUUAAACUAAAUUGUGAAAACUGAUUGUCAUUUCUCCAACACUUGUCUUUAAUGUACUUCCAACACAAAUGAUGUAAGGUCUUGGAUAGUAGUAAGCCAACUAUCACAUUGCUCGCAUUUGCAUAAUAAUACCCAAUAUACAACUAACCAGAGCUAGUAUACUGUACUCCAGAGAAUAUCUAGUUUAUGUCCUGGUGUUCAACUUAGUACAAAUAUAGUAAACAGACAAAGUAGCGAAAGAUCGUAUUGUUCAGAUCGACCCUUGUGGUUUAGUUAGUCAAUGUUUCAGCUCCCACCGGGACUUUUACGAAGUUCUUUAUAAAAGCUUCAAUGAGAAUUUAAAUGCUGAUGGAAAAUUUUAUGUACCGUGUUGAAGGGUUAGUACAACAAGUAACUUUUACUGAUAUUACUGCCCAAGGGUAAAACUAUUGCGCGUAUUCACUAAUCUGAGAAUUCUUGAGAACUGACAAGGGGAUUGCUAUUUUUAGAGCAGAAGAACUACAAUGGAACUCAGCUAUUUGUUCAGUUCUGCUAAUUUGGUUCCAAAAUUUGCAGUUCCCUUGUCACUUCUCUGUAAUUCUCAGUUUAGUGAAUAAGCCUAUGUCAAUAUAAUGUAUCAAAUAGCACGUCACAUAGUAAAUAUAUGAAUGUCGACACAUUUUCAUUUGUAUGAUUGCAAAAAAAAAAAGCUUUAAGAUUUAUCUGCAAAGUCCUGUGAGUGGAAGUUUUUUGAUAUUUAUAUUUUGGCAUAUGUGAUUUACACCCAGGCAACGACAAGACUGGGAGAGUGAGUACUGGAUCCACAUGUGUUGUUAUUUAUAUAUAUACCAAAAUAGAUGUAUUUGGCACUCCUCGCAUAGUAAAAAAAUUCAGUAUAAUCAGUGCCUAGGUGCAAUCCCGCAUUGACUGUAUACAAAAUGAAAUUUAGGGAGCACUCCAGGUCUCAAAUACAUAUUUAUUGAGUUUCCCAAAAAUUAACUGUGCAUUAUAUCAAAUCGUCGUUUCUACCCAUUUUGGUCUUUAUCAAGAUCACAGUGUUAAAACAAAGGUGUGUGUAUAUAUAAGAAAACAUAAAUGACUUACCAAUCAAGUGAUAAGACAGCCCGAAGACUGAUUCGACCCGAUGGUGUCGGAAAACCACGUGUGUCGUGAGCGUGCAACGAGAUCUGCGUGCUUGUUUAGUGACUAACCAACAUUCCCCUGCCUUGGUUGCUAAGUGAUCAAACAAACAAAGUUUCUGUAAACCGUGAAUCUAGCAUGGAGAAUUGUUAAUUAUAUAUACAAACACCUAAAAAGAAGAACGGGCUGGUGUGAGACAGCGUGCAUAAGUGAUGGGUGAUCCAAAAGUAGCUGUGAAAAAAACUGUAAAAACACAAUCUUAAGUGUGGGUGACUAGGAGUGAUGGAAAAGGGGAUCCUUUAAGUUUUGCAACCACUGCAGGGUAAUGUUGGUUAGUCACUAAGCAACCACGCAGAUCCCGUUGCACGCUCACGACACACGUGGUUUUCCGACCCUAUCGGGUCGAAUCAGUCUUUAGGCUGUCUUAUCACUUGAUUGGUCAGUCAUUUAUAGUUUUUCUUAUAUAUACACACGUUUGUUUUAACACGGUGGUCUUGACAAAGACCCGAAUGGGUUGAGAUGACGAUUUGAUAUAAUGCACAGUUAAUUUUUCGGAAACUCAAUAAAUAUAAUAUUUACAUAUAUUUGAGACCUGGAGUGCUCUCUAAAGUUAGUUUUAUUUAUAUAUAUAUCUAUAUAUAUAUAUAUAUAUAUAUAUCUAUAUAUAUAUAUAUAUAUAUAUAUAGAUAUAUAUAUAUAUAAAAUAACCUAUGUAUUAUAUUUGUGCAUGGCAAAAAAAUUUAUUUCAGCCAAACCACUUAGUCUAAAAAUAAAAAAAAAGUGUUUGGGAUGGCCGAAUUUCAUCCAUAUGGGGCAGUUUGGCUUGUCCGAAUUUCAUUAGCAAAAAAGAUAUGGAAAAACUAAUCAGAUGAACAAAAAGGGUGAUAUAUUUUUGUCCCCUUUAUUGGUUACAUGUUGUCAUUUUCUCACUUGAUCUUAAAACUAAAUGGUGGGAAAAUGCUCCUUCUCACUAGAUUUGUGAAUAAAAUCAGCAUUUAGUGGCUGUCCCCUAGCAAGUAGUCAUCUCUAUUGUUGGCACCACAAGCAGAAUAUUGAAUCACAAAACUAGAAUGCUCAUCCACUGCGCGAUUCGUUUGUUUCGUAAUUAUGAUACAUAUGGGCUUGGAAGUCAGGAAAUCGUAUGAUCACUUGAGCAGAUCAAAUUCAGACAAAUUGCAGUGUGUAAUGAAACAACUCUCCAAAUCUACUAUGCAUCUACUAUGCAUUUGCUUGUGAUUUUCACCAGCGUGAUGCAUAGAUUAAGUAUAUACUUACUUGAAUUGGUCCACACCAUAUAUGAAUGAUAGAUUCCUAAUAGCCCUUUAAUAGCCAGUAAUAUUUCACGCUGUCACGCUUUGAUCCACAGAGACUCUAUGCAGGUCUGGAAUGUCCUGCUCAGUUAGUAUUUGCAGAUGUUUACAGUCCAUUUAAAAAACUUGCUUAUUUUGACAUAAGGUCGUUAAAGUGAAGAUUUUUAUAAUCCAAUCAUUCCAUCAUUGCUCUUUCAAGUAUUAAUUAUAGCUACACAAAAUAAAACAACUUGCUAUUCUUCAUUUAAAAAGGCUUUGUGUGCCCAGUUUCAUUGAAAUGGACUAAAUCUGUAGCAUCUGCCUUUUUGCCACUGACUUGGCAUUUAGUGAAUAUGCCCCUAUGUAAUGCAAGUAAAGUAUUCAGUAAUUAUAGCUUAAGCACUUUUCAGUAUUCAGAAAUCGUUACAUAUCUAUAGAGGCUUGAUGAAGAGAAAAAAUAACUGCAAUUGUUUAGUUGAUAUCCAAUUUAGCUUUUUCACACUCGCAGUAUGUGGCAUUUUGGUUUUAUUUUAUCCAAGGUGCACAUUUCAUUUUCAACUGACUGCAAUGUUAUUUUUUGAUUUGUUAGGUUUCAAUCAUGAAAGGAUUUGGGAGGACGAACGUGUUUCAGAUGAUUGGAUCUUUUGAGACAAAUCACUGCCACCUGACUGUUGUGAUUGAGCACAUUAACUUAUUUAUACAAACCCCGAUAUUUGUCGAAGAACCCCAAUAUGUGUCAAAAGGUUCCUCGCUUUGCAACAAUAAUGUAGGACAAUAUAAACAAAACACUUUUAAUGACUGUUUUGACAUACUUUUACAGAUUACCAGCCAAAAGCAAAAUAUCGCAAUUAGUAUUUUGGCUUUUCGUUUUAAAAAAAAUAAAAACAUAAAAACUUUUUUUUGUUUAAAGGACCACUAUAGGCACCCAGACCACUUCAGCUCAAUGAAGUGGUCUGGGUGCCAGGUCCAUCUAGGAUUAACCCUGCAGCUGUUAACAUAGCACUUUCAGAGAAACUACUAUGUUUACAAGAGGGUUAAUCCAGCCUCUAGUGGCUGUCUCAUUGACAGCCGCUAGAGGCGCUUCCACGCUUCUCACUGUGAAAAUUACAGUGAGAAGACACUGGACGUCCAUAGGAAAGCAUUGAGACAUGCUUUCCUAUGGACUGAUUGGAUGCAUGCGCGGCAAGAACCCCUUCCUUCACUUUCAGCCCAGAGGGAGUGGGACCGUGAGGGUGGGGAGACCUAAAGACCCUAUAGUGCCAGGAAAACGAGUUUGUUUUCCUGGCACUAUAGUAGUCCUUUAAAAUAAGUAUUGACAUAUUUCUUUUUGGAAUCAUUGUUGAUCAAUAGAUAGACAGACAGACUCCUAGAGUUUUUCUUCAUUUGUUAAAAAUGAUUAUUACAUUUUCCAAUAAAAACUAGCCUAGCUAUAUAAAAAUAACUUUGCCUUCCAUCAUUGAUUAGUCUGUAUCACAGAUCUUUUCCUCAGAUGGCCUUGAAAUGACAAUUACAUCAGCCAGCCAAACUAAUACAUUUCACAUUAGAUGCAAUUCCCCUUGUCUCUGGGUAUAUUAAACACCUAGAGAAGUUAUAUUCAUGGACUCAGCCUUUAUAUGGACUAAGAUUUGCACUUUGAUCAUUAAAAGUGUUUAAAUCAUAUUCAUUGAGACAGUAAAUCCCAAGUGAUUAUUAUAUAAAACAUUUGAGACACACUAUCAACAUGUAAUGGAUCUUACUGAAUAAGCUUGGCCUGUUAUUGGCAAUUUAUAAAACCUCUGCGUUUCAUAUUUAGAUGAUGUGCUUUUUAACUCCCUGAGUUUCAACGGGGCAAAUAUCACCCUCUCUAGUGUUCGAAAUACAGUAAGAAAUACAAUAGAAGUGAGUUUAAAAAAAAUACCACAACGAAUGUCAUAUUAGAUAAAUGAAAUGUUGUUAUUUGCAAAGUGAAUGUUAAAUGUCUCUGGAAAGGUUGGUGAGUUUUUGGGGUCAUGUGUCAAUCUCAGUAAGUCGGAUAGCUAACUAAAGAUGGCAUAAAUUGGUCUCAAUCUGUCAACUGUCUGAUUGACGGCAUCUUAUGAACAUUGCAUGAUAUUAACUUGAUACUCUUACCCAAUGUAUAGACGUUACAAGGAUUUAUUAAUGAUUUGAGUAACAGCUUUGGUAUAGAAAUGAGGUUUUUUUUGUAUACUAAGGUAUGUGCAAAUAAGGUAUACAGAUUUAUGGUAAUUGAACAAAAUAUCUAUGCAUUGUAUAGUUGCAUCAAAAUAUUUAAUGGUGCAUCGAAAUACUUCUUGUUUAAACAGGUAGUAAAUAGUGCUUGUUUUUUCAAAAAUAAUUCUCUUUAUUCUCAAUAUCAGUGGACUCAAAGUGCAAUGUGAUUAUCUUAGAUAAGAAAAAAGAACACUAAGAGUUAAAUGUAACUUGUGUAAAAUGUCUUGGGGAAAAAAAUGCAUAGAAAUUUAAAUGAGUCAAUUAAAUAUGUUAAUGUAUUUGAAUAUAAUAGAAUCUAGCUCCUUUCAAGAACCAAUUACAUUAAACAUCAGAAUAUAGUUAAAGGAACACUCUAAUGUUGUGAAAAAAUAUGUUUACAAUAGCAAAGUGUCUGUGUGCAUGUUUUGAUUAUUGGGCCCCAAAUUUUAUGAAAAAACAGAAAAUUUAAAUUAUCGUUAAUCCGUCAUCCCGGUUUUGGUACUGCAGCUGCUCCACCCACUAUAAAAUCAUUGACAUGAUCUUAGGAAAAUCAAGUGCUUCCCUAUGUGGUAAUUGCCAUGCUUUGCCAAUUGGAUGUUUCUCAUUAAAAAGCGCUGAGUUCCAUAUUUUUCUCUAUGAGGCAUUACAGUAUUCACAGCAUUAAAGGGACUCUCCAGUGCCAGGAAAACAAAUAGUUUUCCUGGCACUGCAGAUCGCCUCUCCCUCCCACCCCCCAUCCCAAGUUGCUAAAGGAGUUAAAACCCCUUCAGUGACUUUCCUGUAUCCAGCGCUGAUCCAAGCUCCUCCCCCGCCGACGUCAUACGGCGGGGGAGACUUAUUGGGCAUGCUUGGUCGCCAGCGCACUCGCAUUAGACCUCCCCAUAGAAAAGCAUUGAAAAAUGCUUUCAAUGCUUUCCUAUGGGGAUUUCAGCGAUGCUGGAGGUGUCACCCAGACCACUCCAAUGGGCAGAAGUGGUCUGGGUGUCUGGAGUGUCCCUGUAAAUAACUUAAAGAAAUGCCUCUAGUGACUGUCUAAUUGAUAGCCCCUACAGGCAUCCUUAUUGACAAAUAUAAACAUUGGAAUUUAUCAGAGUACAGGGAGAGGAAAUUUGCACCAAAACUACUUUAUUCAUCUUAAGAGAUUCAGGGGUUUAUUUAAUUGCAAAUUGAAUUAUAAUGUAAAAACUUAAAGGUGGUGUAAUUUUUUUUUGCUUGCAUUAAGAGGCUUUAUCGAAUGCAUUAAACAAUUACUGGGCGGAAUGAGAUUCUGCAUAGAAUUGUGAUAAAACUCACAAUGAUGCUGCCAGCGAUAAGAGUUUUUGUGCCUUAAGCUGAACAUUUUACUGGAAAAGCUUUACCGGAUGAUGUGCUGGCUCUAAUGCAGAUUUAAACACAUUUUGCAUCCAGUAAUGCAGGCGUUAAGGCCUUGGUCAUUUGUACGGACCUCAGCUUCCACAAAAUACAUUUGUCCCCUUCAUUGUUGUUUCUAAUCAGUGGCCAAAAUCGGUGCAAUCUUGGUCUUAUCACUGGCAAUAACACCACACCAUUUAGGGGGGGUUUAAAAAAAAAAUAAACGUGUUAAUGUGAGUGUGUGAGUGUGUCUGUUAGUGUGUGUGUGAGUGUGAGUGUGUCUGUUAGUGUGUCUGUUAGUGUGUGUGUGAGUGUGUCUGUUAGUGUGUCUGUUAGUGAGUGUGUCUGUUAGUGUGUGUGUGUCUGUUAGUGAGUGUGUGUGUAUGUUAGUGAGUGUGUCUGUCUGUUAGUGAGUGUGUCUGACUGUUAGUGUGUGUGUCUGACUGUUAGUGUGAGUGUGUUUGCCUGUGAGUGUGUGUGUCAGUGAGUUUGUGUUUCUGUUAGCUAGUGUAUGCGUAUCUGUCAGUGAGUGUGUGUGUAUUUAGUAGGCGGGGCGGGAGGAGGGAUGGAUGGGGGUCGCACGUGCGUGGGAGGGUUGGGGGGGGGUUUGGGGGGCGCCUGAGUUUUGUCCUGCCUAGGGCAGGACAAAACCAGGAUACACCACUGCAUCUACCGUGCCCCUGGUCAUCCUAGGCUAUUCAUUGAGCACUUUACUUCCUGGCUUCUCCACUUCCUCUCAUCUAGCACUCCUUCCUUUAUACUUGAGGAUUUCAAUAUCCCUGUCAACAACCCCAACUGCACUGAUGCAUCUCGUCUGCUCUCUGUAACCUCCUCCUUUGGCCUCAUGCAAUGGUCCAAUUUAGCAACCCAUACAGCGGGAAACACUCUUGAUCUUGCCUUCACCAAUCUCUGUACUGCAUUUAAUCUCUCCACUAUUGCUUUUCCUCUAUCUGACCACCAUUUGCUGACUUUUGACAUCGGCAUACCCAAGACCCAAUUGACACCACCGUCUCCUUCAUUGGCUUCCUGUAAGAUAUAGGGCUCAAUUAAAAAUUCUGGUUCUUGCUUUCAAAUCUCUACAUAAUGCUGCUCCCACCUAUGUAUCCUCCCUAUUACACAAGUAUGUCCUGUCUAGGCCCUUAUUCUCUGCUGAAGACUUACGUCUAUCUUCUGUCCAUACUCCCACUUCUGAUGCUCGCCUUCAAGACUUCUCGAGGGCUGCACCGUUCCUGUGGAACUCACUUCCCUCCCCCGUUAGAUGCUCACCCAGUCUCCACUCCUUCAAUAAAUCAUUAAAAACUCACUUCUUCAUAAAAGGGUAUCAAUUAAACUGUUGAUUAGUCUAAUACUAUUCGUACCUUUUGUGUCACUUUACCCCACUUCUUCUAGCAUGUUCCUGUGUGUCCAACUUCUCUGGUUACAACUACAUGCUUGUUUGUCCACCCACUGUAAAGUGCUGCAGAAUUUGUUGGCACUAUAUAAAUAAUAACAUAAUAUAAAUAAUAACAUUAAUUGAUGAUUUUCAGCCAAUCACAGAUUGUGCAGCACUGCCCCAGGAAGCACCUCUAGUAGCCACCCGCGAAGUGGCUACUAGUGGUGUUCCUAGGCUGUAAUCUAAACACUGCAAUUUCUCUUAAAAAGGCCUGCAGUGACUGACUAUACUCACCAGAACAACUACAAUAAGCUGUAGUUGUUCUGGGACUAUAGUGUCCCCUUAAAGAAGAACUGUAUCUGUAGAGAUUAUUGGGUUGUGCAAAUUAUUUUUUAAAGUUGUCACUAGCUGUCAAAGCAUGGCAUGUAUUUUAAAAUAAACCAUGCAAUGUCAAAGGUGCAUCAAAUGUGCCUGUGUACCUUUUAUGGUCACACAUUCCAGGAUUUUGGAGAUUUGUAAACUUGCUUUUAAUACAAUAAAGGAAAUAAGUUCAGCAGCAAAUUUUUUUUGAAGAACUGGCAUAAUGUGUGUUCAUUAAUUUUCUCUGUUGGUGUCUUUCUGUCUCUGCUAAAUUUAGGAACAUUGGAGUUACAUAGUAUCUACAUAAUCGAUUAAGAUAUUGUUGAAGUUUUAGGGAGCUAUUGCUGUUUAGCUUGUUCCAUGAAGUAUUGCAAAGAUGAUGGUAGGAGCCGCACUCAACCCCAGCAGCCACCCGAUGCUCCGGAGCAGGACCAGCCAUUCCACAACGACAAGGCAACAAAGGAAUUCCCCAGGCACUCAAAGUGUUAAAGCCCCAGACAGUUUUAAUGAAACAAAAAAGAACAACAACAGGGGUCCUCAAACUCUGGCCCCCCAGAUGGUGCUGAACUACAAUUCCCAUGAUUCUUUGAAUUACAUAGCCAGAGAAUCAUGGGAGUUGUAGUUCAGCAACAUCUGGAGGCUGGAGUUUGAGGACCCAUGUCCUAAGAGGUCUUUUUCAAGCUUGAAAAAGACCUCUGAGGAGGUCGAAACGUUGCUGUUCUUUUUUGUUUCAUUAAAACAGUCUGCGGCUUUAACACUUUCAGCGCCUGGGGAAUUCCUUUGUUGCCUGUUCCAUGACCUAUGGCUCCCUAUACAUCGAUCAAAAAGAUAUCACAUUUUAUAGACAAACAGAUAAACUAAACAUAAUACUUUGGAAAAUAGUAUAUAUAUUAGGUUUGCUUUUAAAUAGUUAACAAAAAUAAAAACUUUCACUGUCUUUCUGCCCAUCGAAGUUUGAAAAUCUCUGCAAAAUUAGCACCUCGGGGUACACGUUUUAUGAAAGAAGAACUGUUGCAAAGUAAAAUAUUUCUGAAAUGUAACUCUUUGGUUAGCUUCCAAACCUGUGCAGAAUUGUUUCUGUAGUAUGUAUGAACCCACCAGGUAUACUGAAUAACUGGACGCAGGCUUUAAUUUUCCUGGUUGGUAUCUGGUAUCAGCCUGUGAGUUUCUGAAACUGAUAUAAAAUGCAUUUGAAAAAUUGUAAGUUAAAACACAUAUUUUCUUGAAUAUUGACAUUAACAUACGGUUUGCUUGUUAUGAGGAUUUACUAUCUCAUUAAAGAUAAAGAAAAUUCUGCAAACCGCUGAACAUUUAACCCCAUUCUGUCUCAUUGAAAAUUAAUAUAUAUAGAAGAAUCUAUAAAUGCAAACUGAUACAGAAUUCUUUUUUUGUAAAGCAGAUUAAUCCACAAAUGUAUGAUGUUUAAUUGGCUAAAAGUGUUUUUAUUUUAAAAAUAAGAUUGAUAUUCAAUCAUCCUAUGUUGUCAGCAUUAUCUGCAAUAUAUAUAUAUAUAUAUAUAUAUAUAUAUAUAUAUAUAUAUAUAUAUAUAAAUAAAUGUUAUGAAUAUAGACUUAGACAUAGACUUAGCAUUUCUGGCCUUGUUAUGUUUUUUUUUUUUUUUUUGCUGAACACUCACUUGUGUGGCAACUUAAAGGACCACUCUAGGCACCCAGACCACUUCAGCUUAAUGAAGUGGUCUGGGUGCCAGGUCCAGCUAGGCUUUACCCAUUUUUUCAUAAUUAUAGCAGUUUCAGAGAAACUGCUAUAAUUAUGAAUGGGUUAAGCCUUACCCCUAAUCCUCUAGUGGCUGUCUCAUUGACAGCCACUAGAGGCGCUUGCGUGCUUCUCACUGUGAGAGACGCCAGCGUCCAUAGAAAGCAUUGUAAAUGCUUUCCUAGAUCGCUGAAUGCGCCGCAGCCUUGCCGCGCGGCGCAUUCAGCCGGGCGGGGCAACGGAGGCGGAGAGGAGGCAGAGCUCUCCAGCUUGGAAAAGGUAAGUUUUUCCCCCUUUCCCCCUUCCAGAGCCGGGCGGGAGGGGGUCCCUGAGGGUGGGGGCACCCUCAGGGCACUAUAGUGCCAGGAAAACGAGUAUGUUUUCCUGGCACUAUAGUGGUCCUUUAAUAAUGUUGCCAGAUCCCCAAUGUUUUCAUGGAUUCAUAUAGCCUAUUUAUAGUGAUGGGUGGCAUGUUAAAGGUUCUUCCCUAUAUUAGUCAUAGUCCACAGAAGGGAAACUAAUUCUUCAAAAAUAAAAUUAUUUCAAGAUCAAUUCAUGGGUGCUACAAGCACUCUUUCACCGCCCCAUUGUAAGUAGUCAACCAAUUUUGGAACAUUUGGCUUCUUACCUGUGGUCUGUUGGGCACGGUUCUCAGCCUUCACUAUUAACAAUGGAGAGCCAGAAGUUUCUAAGCAUGAAAUUCUGUUGGCUCUACUGAUCACUCUCAGCUAAUGAGUUAAAGGACCACUAUAGUGCCAGGAAAACAUACUCGUUUUCCUGGCACUAUAGUGCCCUGAGGGUGCCCCCACCCUCAGGGACCCCCUCCCGCCCGGCUCUGUGGAGAGGAAAGGGGUUAAAACUUACCUUUCUCCAGCGCCGGGCGGGGAGCUCUCCUCCUCCUCUCCGCCUCCUCUCCUCCCAUUCGGCUGAAUGCGCAUGCGUGGCAAGAGCUGCAUGCGCAUUCAGCCAGUCUCGUAGGAAAGCAUUUACAAUGCUUUCCUAUGGACGCUUGCGUGUUCUCACUAUGAUUUUUCACAGUGAGAAUCACGCAAACGCCUCUAGCGGCUGUCAAUGAGGCAGCCACUAGAGGCUUUGAGGGCUGGAUUAACCCAUUUAUAAACAUAGCAGUUUCUCUUAAGUUCCUUUAAGUUCUGUACGGCAGGGCUUAGUCUCCAGGGCUCAUGCUAUGUCAGCUAUUGCAAAAACAUUUUACACACUGUGCAAUAUGAGUAAGUGAGACUUCUCUCAUGACUUGGCUGUCAGAGUGGUCUGAUUGGUUGAUUUACUAGCCAACCAAUCAGGGUGCUCUUACUCAAAAUGCACAGCAUGGUAAAUGUUCCCAUGCUUUCAAUAAAAGACAUUUAUCAGAGCCGAUCCUGGGGGGUGCUGACCAUUCAGGUGCUCCUGUAGAUAGGCAAGGUGUGCAGUGCUAAGCUCCACCCUUUCAGAUAGGUUCCACCCCUCUUGUUGGUACCAGGUGGCAGAGGGGGCAGGGUCUAAUGAGAGGGAGAGGGAUCUACGUGAGAAGAAAUGGGGCCUAGCACUGCACACUUUACCUAUCUACAGUGCACCUGGGUAGUCUGCAUCCCCCCUAUGAUCUUCUCUGAUUAGUGCUCUCUCAUCAUGAAGCCUUCAAUGGGUAAAGGGGGAUUCAUUUUAUUGUAGCAUGUUUUUAAUUUCUUUUUUCUGACUUUAUUUUGUACAUUUUCACUUUUUUUUCUUAUUUUCUUCCAUUAAUUGCACUAGGAAUUAUGGACUAUGAACCUUGAAAGCCGCACAGCACCAGCACCCCACCAAGCACAAGAAGACAGAGUGUCCCCUCCAGACAGAACCUUUACCCAUGCACUCAUAUUGCCUACCACAAGCCGCCAAGCAGAACACAGACAGAGGGAACCCUGUCGCCGACAGCAACAGUCUAACAAGACCCCCCAAAAGGAGAAAGAAUGGGACUCUCAGAGUUUCAGAGCUCAUGGCUCACUGAAGCUGUCAGUCGCACAAACCUGGGGACUGAGGACUAUCUUGUCCUGCUCACACUGUGCCACUACGUGCAGUGCCUACCUUGUUCCCAUAGAAUGCCUCCCAAGUCUGGGCAUAGGUUGACUCUGGACUUGUCCAACUGUGCAGCCCUACUACCGCUGGUGCUACCUAGCCAUUUC